AUGUUUAACGUCGUGCACCAGGGUCGGAAAUACGUCCCAACGCGCUCGUCGGUCUCGGAUGACUCCACGUUAUCCGUGCAGGCUGUUCAUAUCAGCAAGAAACCCGGUACUCUCAGGGAAGGACCGGAGGCUACGUGGCCGCCACCGGGAGCCAAGAUGCGGAUUUCUAAAGCCAAUAAAGGCGGAGUGGUGAGAGCUGUCCGGCGGCAUCCGUCUCCUCAGCCGGCCAGCCUGGAGAGCCUGGAGGCGGCGUGGAGCGAGAGGGGACAGCCGGAGGUGAAACCACCGGUGAGUUCACCGAGCCGAGAGAUGAAGAACGGGGAGGAUGAAGGAGCCAGGAACGGGAUGGAGGGAGGACCACCGAGGAACAGGAAGAAGGGGUUCAGACCCCCCGAUGUGAGAACUAUUUUCUCCCCCGAAGAGAGGGACCCAAGGGUGAAGGAGGAGUCCGGGGAGGGACACACCUUCGAGCCUGGGGGAGAGAACACCUGGUGUGAUGUUUGCUGCAAUUACAUCUUCCAGCAUGGUCUCACCUGUGCAGGUGAGUCUGCAGCUGAUGAUGGUGGGAGAUGAGGAGAGCUCAAACUUUGUCUGGGGUCUGGUUUCCUGAGAUUUUGAUUAGAAAUUUAUAAUAUCCUUUCUUCAAAAGUGACACUUUUUCAUGCAAGAAAUCAACUUUUCACUGUUGGUUAAAGGUAGUGAGGGAACUUUUUAAUUGUGGUAUUAGAAUAGACACGAAAAGGAGGAUGUAAAAGAGUUAAAGAUCAUCAUGAUACAUUUAAAGCUCUUGUAAGAACAUGAGAAAAAUAUCAUAUUCUCUACCAAAUUAGAAUAUAAGACUUUUAACAAUAAACCAAAGAUUUAACUUUUCAUCUAAUAAAUAUUAAAAAUACACGACUGUCAGGUCUACUGGUGCAAUCAGAUGGUCAGAAAUAUGCAACAUUUGGUUGGUGACCUUGUUGUUAGCAAGCUAAACACAUAAAACUUAUCAUACUAUCUUGACAUCGUGGACAGAAUCAUACUUGCUACAUUGAUUUUAUCAAAACAUGCCAAACAUAUGCUUACUUUUAUUGUAUUUUGCUCAAGGAUUUGAUAUUUAUUUUCAAUUUUAUACCACAAUAAGGUGCAUGUGAUUGUGAUUAGCAUUUCACAGACUAAAUGCAUGAAACUAUUAUGUCUACAGGAACAUUUGUGUUGGUAAUUUAUGUAAAUUGCACCUUAAAUGUUCAGCUUUCUAGAAAUAUGACUAAAUUACUUCUUGUCUAAGAUGUAUAUUCGAAGAGUUGGAGGUAAACGAGCGAGAGAUGACAAUUUAUAGAGUUGUUUGCUUGACCAACAUUAAAGACUUUUAAGGAAACCCUUUAACCAUUAUAACAAAUCUCAAAAUGUCACCACCUACAUCAACAGGUAGUAGUCUCUGACAUGCAGCGUAGACCGCAUGUAGGCAGCGCUCUGAAACACAGCUCAGCGGCUGGAAUGCAGUCGGUAUGCAGACAGACCAGUUCAGGUCUAAAUGGAAACAAGUGUCCUAGAGAGCAAACUCUGGACCUCCCUCUGUGUCUACUUCAGCCAGUCCAACAUUACUGUAGUAAUAAACGCAGAAAAAAAGGCUCUUUCUCCUCGUGUUUGGGGCUUUAAAGUGGUUGCCAUGGUGCUUUGUCAGAUUGUUAAUGGAAAUGAGAGUCAGAGGCUUUUAAAAAUUCAAGCAAAUGCUUUUAAGAUAAAUUCCCUCUCCAUUUCUGUCAAGUAGGACGGCUCUUAAUGGGAUUCAAAACAUCAUAGAAAGAGAUAUUUACAGUUGUUAUGCAAAAAUAAUGAAAGGAUUAAAGAAUAGAGAAUAUUUCACUCCUUUAAAAAUACAACAUACUGCCUCUAUUGAUACUACAAAUGCUCUACUACCCGGAUGUAAACAAGCACAGAUGAUAGAGGAUAUAAUGGUGAAGUUUGUCAGUAUUUUGAUCUAGAAAUGUUGAUAAAGUUGUAUGCAGGAGGUGUCAAGUUAAAUUGGCAUAUAAACACAAGACUGGAGCAAUGCAUAACCAGCACACGCAUGUGGGUGUUACCCUGAAGGUUGAUGGUGCGAGCUCUGCUACUGUUUCACACGCUUAGCAAACCGUUACAGCAGCGUUGAGUGUAUGUGAUCAGUCUGGGCACUUAAAUUCGCCACUUUGCCAAAGCUUUGCAGAUAAAGUUUCCUCAUUAAACUGUCACGCAGUUUGUUAGGAGGCUGAAAGAUAACAAUUUGCGUUCUUGUUAAAAAGUACAUGUAAAGAUAAACAGACAACAAGUGUGGCAUGGAUUGCUUAUUUAUUAAACCAACAAACUAGAUCUGAUUUUUGGUCCAAAAUGACCUUUACUGUCUUUACUGACACACAGCAGCAACAAAAUAUAAGAGAAUAAACAAAGAGAACAUUAUCAAAAAUUCAAACACAGCAGAUACUAAACCAUCUUCCGGCUCUGCCUCUGUCCACUUAGCAUUUUAACCUCAUUAUGUUGACAGACAUCAGGCCUGCACAGUGAGCCCUGUGUUUCCCAUCAGCUCAACCAGCAGCAUUAAUGCAGUUUAUGUUUGUGUGGAUAUUGAGUUUCUGCUCAUUUAAAGUACAUUCCCAUCACUGAUCUCCUCUCUGGAAGCUUGUUAAUGGUCCAUUUCUUGGCCUUAACGUCAGCAAAGUACAAAGUGUCCUUGCAAACUUCAGGAGGUACCAUGUCUCAUUAGCAACGCCCUUCAGAUCUCUGCAGGAGACUGUUGUUGGUCACUAGUUCACUUAUUAACACACAUAAACAGUCACUUAUAAAUCAGGGCAGCAGCUUAUUUGUCUUAAAAAUGAUCUAUCGUACUGCAAACACGAGGCUAAACUGAGACUGUCUGAACUGUACACACUAUUUUAAGAUUAAAUACUAAUAUUUAGAUUAAUUUGAAGGUAAACAGGAAGUACUUUGGCCUUGAAUUUUAUGAUUUUGUUUGGACAUUUAACAUAAAACACUCUGAGAAAGCAUGAUAACUGAAGUCUGACUGGUGCUGACUAAAACUAUAAUGCUAUUGCUCAUUGUUUAUAUCAAGUAAAUGAAGGUAAAAUAAAAUUAAAAAGUAUUAAUACAAGAAAAUAAAGGAAAAGAAUCUAUUCAUCCAUCCAUUAUCUGUCCUGGUUAUCUUACCCACAGAUAUUUCAUGGUUUAAACAUGAUGUAAGAUUGGAAAAUACAAAAUUAAAAAACACAGGAGGAGUGAAAGGCAGAAACAAGCUCACUGUUGCACAGGAAAUAAAUUCAGUUUCAGCUUAUUUGAACUCCAUUUGUGUCAUCAUAAACUGAAGGCCACAUUUGAAGACUGAAUCCAUCACAGCAGCAGCGUGUCGAAGGCUGCCCCAUUUUAAGGCUUGUCCAAAUGCAUCCGACAAUCGUGUCCUACUUUUCCCAGGCUGUGAAGGCUGUAUCAGGUGCAUCCUCAGCAAAAACAAAAAUAUGUGCCAAAACAAAUGAGAUGGAGGACUCAGAAACAGCUAGUUUAAACAAUGUAAAGAAAUAUAUAUGUAUAUAUAUUUCACAAAUGUGUUAGAAGUGUAUUCUUUAGAAGUUGGUCCUUCGAAUGCUUGGCCCCUGAAAGACUGUAGCUGUCGCUCCUGGACUGGAACACAUUUGGUUGUUUUCUCACUGAUUUUCUCAGCAGGAUAGUUUUAAAAUUAUGCAGCCUCCUGCUGAAUGCACACAGUUCUACUGCGCAAGACUGGUUUCAGGAAAUGGAGAAAAAACGCAGAAUUACUAAGAGCAUUUUGGUUUCAAAUCUGUAUACUGGUGUAAGGCGGAACCAAGUUGUCCAUAGUAUACAGUCUAUGGUUAAAACACUCUUAAAGUGGAUGUUAAUAUCACAAAUUAACACAGAUAUGUUUCUGGUAUCAGCAGGAAAUUUUGUUGCAGUGGUGGAUAAUAAUAUGACAGUUUGCAGAUAACCUCAGAUAAAUUUUUGAAGUGCUGAAGCGAUAUACAGUACUGAAAUAAGCUAAAAUUAGCCUUUAAUACCUGUGUGCUGUCUCCACAUGGUAAGUUUUAAAAGAAAGUUUCUGGCGGAAUAUUAUUCAUGUUUCCCCAGACUGGAAUAUGUAGAUAGCAUAUAUAGGCUAUCAAAUAUUUUGUAUUCAUAACAGACUUGACACAUUAGCUCAGUCUUUUGGUAGUUUUAGUGAGCAUUGGAGAGAAACUCAAGUUGCAGUGAAUUUACGUAUUCAGGAUUCUCAGAGUGGGUCAGAUUAGACUCGAUAAGGACAGAUCCUGGACUCUUUCUCUCUCUCUCUCUCUCUAUCUCUCUCUCUCUCUCUCUCUCUCUCUCUCUCUCUCUCUCACUCUCACUCACUCUCUCUUCCUUGUGCUCUCUCGUCCUUUCUCUCUCUCAGUGUCAUUACAACAUGAAGUAACACAAACCUGCUGCCGGUAUCAGGAACUUCUUUGUCUGAUCAGGUUCAGUGUUGCACCAGAUACUCUGUGUGAGUUCAUUAAUCCUGGGUUAGAAGAGGGCAGGAGAGUGUCUCUAAAGAACUCUGAUCCAUGUAAGAACCGUUUUCCAACAUUGACUUGAUAGCAAAGAAAAAUGAUCACAUUUAACAACCUAAAUGCUUAUAUUCAUUCAUUUUAAGCGACUCAUGACUUUUCUUCUGCUGACACUCUCAAUGCAAAUUUUAAUUUUAUGUUUCCUGGAAGAGAACUUUAGUCAGUUGUUGUUUUUGAAAUAACCACUGUAUUAUUUCAUGUAAAUAAGAGGGAACAUUUUGACAACCCUGUGUUUUUAAAUCUAAGUUAAGAGCCUCGUCUGAUGACAACACAUUUUUCCGUGCCUGUAUACUUAAGUUGUCCUCCAGUCUUACAACCCUGAGAAUGAGGAAGCAAAGCAACCUCUCCAUUGUCUCUGAAGCCCACCCUCAGAAAUACAGAACUUCUACAAAGUGACUUUAGUUAGUAUGGGUGUGCAGAACUACUCCUUCUCCUCAAAUGAACCACUUCCACCGACACUUUUUUUAAGUUUUGCUGGAAAGUUGGAAAAACUUAUAAAUAUCAUUAUACCACUUAUUUUACCUGUAACCAUGGCUGCAACACUGACAAUGAUCCCUCUGAAUCAUGUGUUGUAGGGCUGGGCGAUAAACCGUAAAUUUACCGAUUUAUGACAAUAACCCACAUCAUUUUGCCCAUAUCAGUAUAUUCAGUGUUAAAAAAACAAAUAAAUAAAAGUUGGUUUUGGAUGUGUGUAGGUAGGCUAUGGUCUCGUGUCCCUUUAAGAUGCUGUCCUACGUCAGAGACGUGACUCCACCCCAUCCAGUCCGUAACAAAGAGGAAAAGACAAGUGAGGAGAUGGAGGACGGUUCAAAAGUUGUAGCGGCUGAAGUAGACGAAGUUAAUGUGGGAGGGGGUGAGAAGCUUGUGGAGAAGUUAUCAUCCAUUUAUCAUUAUCGAGGUGAACUGCUCAAUAUAUCGUGUUAUUGAUUUGAGGCCAUAUCACCCAGCCCUGAUAUGUUGGGUGCACUGUUAAAGGUUCUCCUGGAGCACUCGCCAUGUUUUGGGUGUUUUUCUGCCUCUGCAUCUGUCUGCUUUGGAACGCCCUCUUUUAAAUCCAGUCAUGGCGCUGACCUGCAGUUACUUGCCACUUUAAAGUCGAAAUUUGAAGUCUGCAGUCUACUGCAAAGUUAAUCAAAGUUGAUCAAAAAGCACAAGUUAUCAUGAGUUUUAUGAUUUAUUGAUAUUAGUUUCAAAGUAAGGGUGGGUCAUCUGCCUUCAAAAUAAAAGACUUAAAUGACAUCAGGAAGGAGGCAGAGAGAGUCUAACGUUGUUGUGCAGUUUAUUACAGAGGAUUGAGGCUCAUUUUGAACCACUGUGCAAAAUACUGAAGCUGCCCACAGUCUGCCCUCUCCUUGUGUGUGUGUGUGUGUGUGUGUGUGUGUGUGUGUGUGUGUGUGUGUGUGUGUGUGUGUGUGUGUGUCAGUGUGUGUGUGUGUGUGUGUGUGUGUGUGUGUGUGUCGGCAGCUGCCACCGGACGAGUGUAUCUUGUCUCUUGUGGAGCCAAACUGUCACCGCGACUGAACAAACAAGAGACGGGAGCUGACACAUUCACACACAUUCAGACAGAUGGGGGUCAGUGUGUGUGUAUGCGUGUGUGUGUGUGUGUGUCUGAGGGGAGGGACCAGGACACACCACAGACACAAUCAGGGUAAGAGCAAGAGAGAGAGAGAGAGAGAGAGAGAGAAACACUAUGGAUGGAAGUGAAGGAUGACUUUGUCCAAAGUUUGGAUCUACAUGAAGUUUCCUCUGGAUUUACCUCAACAUCUGGGUUCUUCGGGAGCUCUUAACAUCAUGCCUGUGUUGUUUAUGUGUGUUACCUGUUAGCCAAAGUGUGUGUGAGAGAAAGAGGAAGAAAUGGGUUUUGCUAAAAACUUUGGCAAAACUUUGAGGAGAGUAUCAGGAUUUUUCUACCGUUUUCCAAAAGUGAUGCGACUCUCUGGUCGGCUGGAGGUCAGUCUGCUGUGGAGAAACUCUGGUGAGCUUUAGUUCGAAUUUUUCCAACUUUUAACAUUUAUUAUAUAUAUUAUUAUAUAUUUAUGCUUAUGAACUUUAAUUUAAUCCAGCAAUUUUUUAGGAUUGAAAUAUUCUCUUGAUGGGAGAAGUUACUGUCUAAUGAAAUCCCAACAAAACAGACAGAAAUCACAGACACCAAGCUCCCAAGGCAAACCCUUAAUAUAGCUUUCAAUCACAGAGAUAUAAAGCUGGAUCUCAUUUGCUGAUUAUUUAUGUUUGCUAUAGGAUGUAGGCUAGUUUCAGAAGCUUGUUUUACAUUCAAUUUUCUACAGGAAGCCAAAAAUAUGACCUGCAGACAUCAGGCAUAGAAAAAAGAAGUCAGAACAGGUGCAAAUCUUUAUGAAUUUAGACGUUAUUUCAUGGGAACAUGCAGAAAAUACUUAAUCUCUUCAGAAGAUCUCUGGUGUCACACACUUCCAUUGUGUCUGCAGCCUCUCAGUGCUGUUUUAGAGCCGUACUCGACUGUCUGUGUGCAUGUGAGUGUGUGUGUUUGUAUUGUAAUAUGAUGACUCUUUCUAUUCUGAGCAGCUCAGUUUUGAUUACAUGGUGAAACGCCGAGAACGCGUCCUCACAUGUUGAAAGAAAACUAAAGAAAAGGGAAAAGAGAGACUAUUAUAAAGAAACAGUGGAGAACAGAUGGCUGCUGUAUGUUUAUAGCAGACACCUGUCCUCGCACACACACACCUGUCUUUGUCUUCCACUGUACAAGCAUUUGAAGCUGAUGAUCUCCACUGCAUCAGAGCGAAACAGCAAAACCACUCCAACUAUCUGAAUGUAGCAUGUAUAGAAUAUGGGAACCACAUGAAAACUUGAGCACAGACAGCAGCCCUGUAGUUUCACUCAUUAUAAUAAUAAAAUGUAACCUCUCCUCUUUAAUACAGUCCAUAAAUACAGUGCUCUACUGUUUUUAAAUACUUAAGGUAUUAUUGUAGACAGCCACACGUCAUUUCAGGCCUGCCACUGGUCAUUACAGAUUCAUCUACAGGGCAUUAUUAAAACACGCAUGAGUCAGUCAGCUCAGAGGUACUAUACACCAGAGGUUAAAAAAAAAGUCAACACACAUGACAAACUCUGGAGAGGCACAUAUCUGCCUGCAUCUGUUGGUAAUGCCUCUAUGAAAACACGACAAAUGGGCAGUAAAAUGCACUCUAUCGUAUUAUAUGCAAUGGUAUACAGUAUCUGAUCUUGUUAACUGUAUCAUUAUAUUGGCAACAAGCUUAGAAAAGCAAACUUAAGAUCAGUCCUUAUUCUUGUGAGCUAAGGGAUUUCUCAACAUGAAUGUAAAGGGGUGUUGGAUCUUAGAGUAUUAUAUCAUAUUGAAUCAUCUCAUAAUAUCAUACCGAAUUGUUUCAUUUGCAUCCUUAACUACAUCAAGUCACAUCAGCCCUCAUUAUUCUUAAUAAGCCAAGAGAUUUCCCAGUAUACUAAUAUCUUACUAUAUGAUAUUGUAUAAUUUCCAUAGACUGUAUAUAGAAUGGACGCUAGGUGAAGCCACUCCGAGAACAGCACCCUCUGGUGACAGGUUGCAGUUUAGGUCAUAAAUCCCGCCUCCUCCAGCAAUUCCUAUGGGGCUGUGGACAAACUUUAGAAAUUUUUUACACAGAAUAUAAAUUUUUCUCCUCCCUGCUUGCGAUGUUGACAUGUAGUUAUUGUAAGACUCGUUUGUGCUCAAGUCCUUUUUUUUCUGUACAUCUCCAUUUUUAAAAGUUAUUGGGGGGGUCAUGUUUUCUAUGAUUGACACUUGAUACAGCCUAUGGGCGUACGAAGAUUGCGUAGCUCACCCGGGGGUUACGCUGUUUGAGCCAAGCUUCAUCACAGCGACUCUUGGCGACUCUCUCGCCAAAUGCAUAUAAUGCUAUUGCGCAUUGUUGGUUUGAGGAAGUGGAGAAAAAAUUGGGACUAUACUGGCGGAAGGCAGAACCAAGUUGUCCAUAGUAUAUACAGUCUAUGGUUUUGACUUACAGCAAGUGCCGAUCCACCAAGAGUAAAAGUUAAUAUUUUACAAUGUGUGCCUCUGUAAAGGACAUUAGUUACGCCGAAUUAAAAAGAACAACCCACUUUAUUAAAUAAUACAUAUAAGUAAGGUUUUUACAACGAUGACGCCCUAAGACAUGCAAAAAACACUAAUAUUACGUUUUUUUAAAUGACAUUUGGCGCGUGCUGUCUUCACGUUACAGUUUUUCACCUACUGAAGCGACGGUGUGUGUGUGUGUGUGUGUGUGUGUGUGUGUGUGUUUCAGCAGGUGAGUGUCAGAGCAGCUGAAGGCUCAUUGUGCUUCUCUCUGCACACACAGAGCUGAUUAGAGAGUCUGUGUUAAAACUGUUUCACACACAGGAGAAAAAAAAAAACUGUCGAGUCUGUCCAGAUUGUGCUGUCUGACCUUUGACCUCUGUGCCGAGUUUUACAAUAAGAGCACUCUGUGGGGAUUUACAAAGCGUCUGUUGGCAAUAAGUUGUCAAUUUUGAGUCACACCGGACAUUUUGCUUACUGCUGUAGUUUUAUAAGACAAAUCAAAGUAAAUGUAUAACAUAUUUAUCCAAAUCCAAGACACUUUACUUUUAAAAAUUUCAGUCUAAGCUACAGAGGCUACACCAUAAGUCUUGCUUCUAAUGUAAAAGCAUCAAAAUUAAAAAGGUUUGUGCAUGUGUUUCUGUGCCUGAGUGAGCGUGUGACUCCAGCUGAUUGAGCGUGAUCGAUUGUUGGCGUCUGGGAAAAGCUUUUAUCCCUCAGACAGAAGAGAGGAAGAAAACAGAGCGAGGCAGAAAGGAUGAAACAACAAGAAAAGUUAAAUCUCACAAUUAUAAAAUGUCACAGCCAUGUUGUGCUUGUUUCGAAGUUUCACAAAGACGUAGAAUCACAUCAACACAAAUUAAUAAAACAAUCAUUUUUAACCAGAUGAUGACUUCUUUGAAUUACAGUAACUCAGCUGCUUAGGCUAUCUUCCUACUGAGUUUCCAAAGGUCUUUGGAGUCUUUGCCAACUUUAGCUGGUAAUCAUCCUGAAUGCUAUCAUUUUAGUAGAACCUCAUCCAUUGGGCCCUCAUACCUGGCUGUCUGUAGUUGUGAGAAACAGCUAAAGUUGGCCCUCCUGCGCCGCUGCUAGCAAGAUAGUUUUUGGAUUCCUGGGCUGGAGUAAAGUCACGACCACAUCCUAUGGGAAUACAAACUCCUCUUCAGGUCUACUUACAUUUACAAGUCAGGAACACAAUGCAGAGUGGGAGGCAGGUCCUUGGCUGUUGUCUAUCUCCUUGGAGGCUUCAGCAUAUCUGGGUGGUGGUGCCUUGUUCUUGUUUGCUCUGACUCUGCAGGUCAACACAUUUGGCAAUUCCAUUAGGACCUUACUAUCCUUUAUCCAUAUCAACCUUCUCAUUGCGCUUUAGGACAUCCAGUCAAGAUGUGGAUCUUCUUUCUUGCUGCCGGUCCUUAGAUUACUUGGUGUUGGCAAGAUAUCAGCUCCAGCAUGUGGGAGAAAAGUCAGUUUCUCUUGGUCUGUGCUCCAAAGUUUUGUCCAGGGAAGUGUUGGUUCAAGGUUCUGCUCCCAUUGUACCCACUGACCCUGGCAGACAGGCCAAACCACUUUCACAUAUUCCAGGGUAAAUAUGAAUGUAUGCACUUUUUCAAAAGUGAUCGAUCCAAAUAUUGUAGUGACGUGUAAUGCAAAAUGUAGACAGUCAACCUCAUGGUGGUGCUAAGGAUUGAAAUCAGAGGAUCACCAAUUUAGAGAGAAACAUCCUCUGAGAAACUUGAAUGUUUGCACAAAAUUUAGUCAAUAUCCAGUGGAUGGAUAUUGAGCUAUUUUGUCAUUUAUACAUUUGUGAGUCUGUCUUUUUACAUUGACCCAAGCAGUUUUCACAAAGUGCCGAAUGGAUGUUUGGAUCGUUAGGUAAACUGAUAGAGGGAUGUUAAAAGCUCUCCCUCUCUUCCUCUUUGGAUCAAGUUCAUUGUGAAAAGGUUUUAGACGGAUGACGGAGCGAACGACCGGAUAGAGCGAGAGGAAACUAGUCAUAACAAGCUACGUAAGAGAGCAAAGAGAAACAGAGAGGAGAGGAGAAAGAGAGAGUGAUUGAGUCAGCAGUCCCACAUCCACCAACACCACCUCCACCUCCAAACCCCCCCUUCCUCUCCUGACUGUCUGUGCGUCCGUCACUCUGCGGCCUCCAUUUGACUGUUAAAUCACCCACUCAGCACAACAACACAGCAGCACAGAGACAGAGACAGAGAGAGAGGUGGCCGAACAAAUCAGCAUCUGAAGUCAGAUAGAGAGAGACAAAGCACGGGACAAGAGACACCGAGAAACACUGCAGAGAGAGAGAGGGGAGAGAGUGUGUCAGUGCUGAUUUUGUGUGUGGUAUUAACUCCUGUGUGUCUGUGAGGUGUUGUUUGUGAGUGUGGAGAUGAAGAUGGGAGAUGGGAGCAGCCAUGUGCAAACUGUCGGAUAAAGUUGGACAGCAAGUGAAAAAGAGGUCACCAGGUAGGAGGAACAAGAAACACACACACACACUCACAUAAGAAGUGUGUGUGUGUGUGUGUGUGUGGUUUGUUGACAUCUUUUGGCGGCUUGUUGAAGUUGUGUUUGUUGAUGGGAAAUCUCUUCUAUAUGAGUCAUUCUGCUACUUAAUGGGGCCGCUGGAUUCUGGCCAGUCUCGAAGGUUCAGGUUUUGUGUUUGUUGGACUAAGGGUGGGCAACAGGGACAAAAUCAAUAUUGUAAUAGUGCCGGUUUGUUACGUGUUUCUGUGUACUUACUCAUUUCAGUGUUAAUUCUCUACUUGAAGUCCUUGAAAAUCUCCACAAAAGAUAAAAAAUGUCAAUGGCAUGUCUUCUAGAUGUUUGUUAGGUCUGAAAAGGAUUUGUGAAAGAAAAAUUAAAACCAUAUUCCAGGUUAAAGAUGAGGUACAGAAGCAUAAAAAUACUCUGUUAAGAGCUAAAUUCUUAACUACUGUCUUAGUAGUUAACUUGUCAGAGGCCUUCAAAGGCAUCAAAAUACUAACGCAUUAAGGUUAGCUUCAGAAUAAAGACACUCUUGUACUUUUAAGUCUUUAAACAUUUAAUUCUUGUACACUUUAAUUUUGCUUCUGGUAAAAGUAAAACUAGUUUUAACUACUUGAAAACUUUUUUAAGGUAUUUUUGGUUUGUGUCCAUCUUAGUGCCCAUCAAAGACUACACCUUGCUGAGCUUUCCUGUACAUACCAAGGUUGUAUUUUUUAAUAAGGGUAUGAAUAAAUAAAAGAAACCCUCAUCUUUGCAGUCAAACAUGUCACUUAUGAAAUUUUGCAUUUUGUGUUAAUGCUGUUAAUCAUAAGUAAAAAAAAGGACAAAAUAUUUGCCUUCAAAAUGCCAAAAUACAAUAGUAAAAUUCAAGUGUAAAAAUGUGAUAACUGGAUGUUACUUUUUAGUACCUCAAAAUUACCUAUUUAGUCUUUGAUUUAGUGAGUUUUAUUAAUGAUAAACAAAUCCAAAGGCCUGAGAAUAUUGACUUGUCUGUUGUAGAAAACACAUAGAUAAAACUCUUUCAUAUUUUGCCUUUUUCUGCUUUACUGAAAAAAUUAACUAACUUUUAUUUGUUGUGGAUGUUUUUUCAUCAAUUUUUUCAACUCUGAAAGUUAUAUUAGUUCAGUUUUGUCAUAUUUUUUCUUGCUUGUGUUUAGUCCAAAACCUGAACUUGUAGCCUGAUGUGAUUUUGAAUUUCAAUCAUUGAAAUUGACUUUAAAUCUUUCUCUACCUUGUCUCUCUCAAAUGUAUCUAUAAUUUUUUUCUGUUAUUAUUAUGCUUAAAUGUUAACACUCUGCAGAGACAUAUUUUACCACUCUCAAUCUCUUAAAUAAAUGCCUACAGGUCUGUAGCAGUAUAAUGUGAGUUUUCUGAAUGUAAACAACAUUUCCAGCAGGUUUUAUUUAAUAUUUGCCACGUCUUUAAUCUGAGUUUUUGCCUUUUUAUAUUAGACACAAAUGUAAGUCUGAUCCUGAGUGACCUUGUCUGUAACAUUUUCCAGCUUUAUUAUUCCUCUGGUCAGAAUUUGCAUGUUACAAACGUGGAAAUUUGACCUCAGCUGUGGAUAUCAGAAGAUUAUUUGCAUAUACGUUAAAGUUCCCAUGUUUUCUGUAUGGACACACCUGUAUCCCGAACAAGACAGAUGUAACAGUCAUAGAUAUGCUCUUUUUUUGUCUCUGCAGGUUGUAAAUAUGCAUGUCAUGCUGCAUGUAGAGACAAAGUGUCAUUGGACUGUCAUCCUGCAGCAUCACCUGUCAGUCAAGAUCAGUUCAACAACAACACACCGCCCCAUGUGAGUACCGCUGAACUCUGUGUGACCUUUCCUCUGUUUACGUCAUCUACUUAUUAUUCCAGUCAGUGUUGUUUGCCUAUAAUAUGGUUUUAAAUACCACUCUUACCAUUCUGUGUUUUCAAGACUUCACACAAAGAUGGCUGUUGUUCACUUUUCCACCACAAGAGUGCACUGUAGUCAAACUUUACACCGAUGAGGUCUAUAAGUGUUUUCUGAGGGGUUUAAAACUGACCAGAGAAAUAAAGCCCCUGAUUAUAGAAGAGGGACCAUUUUACCACAUUAUCAGAAAUUUUACAUGAUUGAUUGAUUAAGAAUAGAAAAUCAACAGAUAAGUUGAUAGGAAAAUCAUCAUGUGAUUAAUACAGACAGUUGACUAUUAGAGGUGAGCAGCAUGGAAAUUGACCCAACAGAGGAAAAUUUAAUAAAGACCAAAUAACAGUCAUUACCAGAAAGUGUGCAUGAGUAAAGGUUCCCAAAGCCACAACAGAAAUUAUGUUAAAGCCCCCAAAAGAGUAAAAAAACAAGAAAGUGUGUGUAAGUAAGUAAUAGUUCGCAGUGAUGUUUAAACUGUAAUGGUCUUUCACUUAAACUGGCAAAACCAAAAUCUAAGCAAGAGGGAGCGUAUAAAAUUAAGUCCCCAAAACAACAGAAAAACCCUCAAGUGUGUUUAAGAAAAGUCUCAACAAAGAUAUUACAUGAUAGAAAAUCCUUUUUGUGUUUCCAAAAGCGUCAACAACGCAGCCCUUGAGAAGCAGUUUGAAGUCCCCAUAAUAGGAUGAAAACCAAUUAGUGUCCCUGUACUGAUAGGAAACCCAGUGGGUGUGUUUCAGGUACAUACCCCAAAAAUUAGAUGAAAAAGUCUCAGUAUCAGUAAAAUGAAGACCUGUAAAUGUGGUCCAGGUUAAAGCCCCAAAUAGGUAUAGAUGGUACGGUCCCUGUGUUGUAUAAUGAAAGUAAGAGUCCUCAUAUUGAUAGGAAGACCAGCGGUGGUGUGUGUAAUUUUUACAGGACAGCUGGGUGUGUUGCAGCUCUGGUUUAUGUUAGACUUUCUUCAGACCACACUGGACUGUUUGAGAAUAUUACAUAACUGUACCUCUCCGGUGGUUCAGUGUCAACAGUCAUUUUAUUUAUGAAAUGUUAUUUUCUUUCAAUUUUAUAAUAUUUUAAACACAAUGGGACCAAUGUUCAUGAUUUAAUCAUGGCAGUGUUGAGGACAGAAGUCAACAAAAAUAUGUAAUCAGAUAAAGUGACUAAAAUCAGAAAUGUCUCUUGCCUUUAACUGACUUGCUUGUGGUUUUAUUUUGUAAGGUCUUGACCUAUUUCCUGUUUUACAAUCAGACAUUUUGCCAAUGUAAACUGAAAAACUAUUGCUGGAAAACAACCUCACAAUGUUUACAUUUUGCUGGCCAAUCACACCAGUAUGAAAACCCAAGUUGUCACUGGUUGCAGGCUGGUUUUGGCUCCACUGUUCCUCCACACUGAUGUUGUUUCUUAUCCAGCAUGAGAAGGAUUAUCUCAGCACAUUUCAAACUAAUGCUGAUCCAACACACACACACACACACACACACACACACACACACACACACACACACACACACACACCCAGACUCACACAUGCACACACUAUGAUACUGCUGAAUAGUGCUGAGUACAGUGCUGUGGCUUCUUCGGCUGUGCCAGUUACUUCAUGAAAAUACAUUUUUGGUGUGGUUACAGUGGGGUCAAAGUGUGUGUAGUUACAGAUGUGUGACAGGACUGCAGAAUGUGUGGGCAGAGAGCUGCUGAGUCUUCACAAAAACAUGCUUCCCUGUCAGUCUGUUCACACAGACUGUAUAGAUUAGAUGUUAUAUCCUUAAGUCUGCAGCUUGUCGCUGACUGAGAAGUUAUCUGAAAGAAAAACUUUAAAAAUAUAAGAAAACUAUGUUGAAAAACAAAUGUAAAAUCAGUCUGGUCGAAUGCAAAACAGGAUUUUAAAACCCCCUUUUCCAGUGCUUUAAAUGAAUGUAUGGUAGCUCUCAUAAUUGGUUCAUUUUAGCAUGUCAAGUAGUCCAACUCCAUAAUUUUAAGUGUUACUGCUUAUGUUAUGUGGUGAAAGUCAAUUUUGCAAAACAAAAUAAACUCAAGGCACCAAGGGGUUACAGAAAUAGUAAUAGAAACAUUUGAUUUAUAUCAUACUAUUAAUUCAAAGCAAAUAUCAAAGAUUACAGUAGAUUACAGUAAUCAAUCAAAAUUUAACGGUAAAGGGAUAUUCCAAAGCGACAAAUAUCUUGGUCAGUGUGAUGAAAAUUUAAAGCACAUGGCAACAAACAGGGUCAAAGAGUAUUGGGUGAAUAAUGUCUAACUGGUUUGCAAAGUGUGGCUAAUGAGUUACGAGAUCACAGCUUCAGUGUGUCUGUAAGUUCAUAAUGAGUUUGUCUUUAUUACACCGAGAUGCAUCUCUCUGCACUUCAUAGCAGACUAUUUAUGUUAAAUCUUCCACUGAGUCUCCCUAUUUCAAAAUCCCAAAAGCGUCUAAAAGUUCAACUCUGUUCGCCAAAAGUUCUCCGUGUGUUUCUUUCUGUCUGUGGUUUGCGGUCAGGGAGCUGUCUAGCAACUGAAUGUCAGAGAUAAUAACACGAUACGCAGCCAUGAGACUGUCAGAAGCUCUCAUGUGUUUCUGCAGGAGUGCGUAUGCAUUGUUGUGUGUUAUGGUAACAAAUGAACUUUUCACCCGUAGAGAGUAUUUUGAACUGUGUCAACUAAUAUGAUUCGCUCAAUUUCCCACUUGUGCCACCAGGGGGUUGAUCUCCUGAGAACUUGGCCUUUUAAUCAUGUUUUUACUGAACCAUCUAUGUCUCCCUGUUUUUAAUGUGUUACUGUGUCUUGUUUUAUUGUUCAUGUUAAUUGUUUGGUUCUUUUUAUUUUGUUUUUAAAUUUACUGUACAGCACUUUGGUCAGCGCUUUGUUGUUUUUAAAUGUGCUAUAUAAAUAAACCUGGAUUGGAUUGGAUUGGAUCUUUGUAUUUUCAGCGAAUUGUUUCUGCAAUUCACUCAAAAUUUGGCACAACCAUUCAUUAUCCUCAGAGGAUACAUCUCUGGACAAGAAUCAAAGUCGAGUCCAAGUCACCAGAGAGAGAUCAGUGUCAAGUCUGAGUAACCAGGGAAGAAUCCACAGAAAUAGCUUUUGGUUGGAGUUCUCGUCACAAAAAUAAAUAAAUAAAAAAUCCAAGUCCAAGUCACAAGAGAAGAGUCUGAGUCACUGCAGAGAAAUCUGAGUUGAGAAAUUCACUGGAAAAGAAUCAAAGUGGAGCCCAAGUCAUAUGGAAAGAAUCAAAGUUGGGCAUAAGUCACCAAAGCAGCGCGUUGGUUGAGUUCGAGUCACUUGAAAAAAAAAAUCCAAGUCAAGUUGAAGUCACCAAAAAAGAAUCUGAGUCAUAUUCAAGUCUUCAGAAAAAAAACUGUGCCAAGUCUAAAUCACUAGGGAUUAAUCCAAGACGAGUCUAGGUUACCAGAGAAGAAUCUAAGUCCUGCUCAGGUCAUCUGAAAAGAAUCAGACGAGUCCAAGUCGCUACAAAAGCACAAGUUAAGUUGGAGUAACCAGAAGAGAAUCCAAGAGAGAAUUUGAAUUGAAGUUCAAGUCCAUGUCCCCAGUUGUAAAGUGAGUCUAGCUCAAGUCACAAGAGGAGAAUCCUUGUCGAUUGCAUGUCAAGUCCCCGUAACAAGUCGGAAUUACAAUCACCAUUACCUGGAAUAAUCCUCACGUGUGAAUCCUGUAUCCUGAGUUCAAAUCCACAUUAUCAGUUCUUAAGUCUCAGUUUACUUGAAGUCCUGAUGAUCAGUACCCGAGUUAAACUCAAGUCCAGGUCUCUUCAGUUGAGUACUACAACAAUGAUAAGCAUACAGCAAGAGGUGUGAGUCUCUUUGGUGUGUAAUUGCUAACUAAGUUACACACGCUCAUCUGUCACAGUUUUCAUAGUGACAGUGAUCCCAGCUGGCAGAGGCAUGUGGUUUGUGUAACACUGGUGCAGGAAAGUCUUCCUGUCAAUGUGUGUUUUUGUUGGACACAAAAAGAAGUGGGUCAGUUGGUACCAAAAAUAAAACCUUAUCCUCUCAAUUGCCACAGUGUGAUGGUGUGAACCAAAUAACCAACCCAGGACACUACAAACAGGUUUAAAAGAAGUGUAUUUAGCCUCGUUUAAGUCCUUACAGAUACGAAUCACACUCUUUACUGAGAUUUAGCGCUUAGCUGCCUAACUUAAUCACCAGAUAAUUCAAUCUGCAGCCAGUAAAACAAGGUCAAAAUAACCCUUUAACCUCUAAAGCUGAUGAUUUCUGUGCUGUAAAUGAAAUAAUUCAUCUUUAAACAGUCUUUUCUAUCCUAGUUCAAGAGUUUUUGCUUUUUUCUCCUUUGAAAUGAAGCCCAUUAAGUGACCAAAUUCAACAAAAUUACCGUGAAAUUACAGUAAAAACCUAAUUUUUUGUAAAGAAUAGAAGGUAAAAGGCGAUCGCAAACCUUAAACAGUUCUUUACUAGCAAGUUUAAUCUACACCUGGGUGCUAAUAGAGCAAGAGUUCAUCAUCCUCUCCUGCUUUGUGAUUGGUUUGACUAAAGGGAGAGGCGGUAAAUGAUUGACAGAGAGAAUUAGAGUUACUGGUCGGAGGGUAAACUUCCUGCCUGCUGGGAAAGACAAACACGGGCGGUGAGGAAACAAAGAGGGAGCAAGGAGGGAGGAAAUAAAGAUGGAUAGAGAGGAAUGUUUAUGUGUUUUCUUUCUGGCUCUAAUGGCGACUCAUUAACACGACCUGAUGUCACGUUAAAGACCAGUUUAUCUCUGCAAGUAAAUCACGGAUUACAUAUUUAUGGUGACAGAUAACUCAACGGUCAACGAGUAAAUAUUGCAUCUAACAAGCUUUUUACAAUUUACUCACCCUGGUUAGAGUAAAGGAGAAAGAUAAUGGUUAGAAAGUCUGAAAUUUAAAGAGAAGGAGGAAUGUUAAUGUGUUUUCCCUCUGAGGUUUUAUUGUUACUCAUUAACGGCUCUUGGCGAGGGUCGGUUUGACUAAGGCCUGGGGAACACAACAGCAAAUACACACUCACAAACACACACAAGCAGGAAGGAAAACUGUCGUAAAAGUGGAGAAAACAUAUUCCAGUGUGGGAACAUUUUCCUCGCCCUUUUCCUUUUGCUUUUCCUGCCUCCUUUGUCUCUAUUGUGUCACGUCGGUCUUUUCCAUUUAAGCUCCACUAGGCCUGUUAUCUGCAGUCUGGGUUAAGGGUUUCACUUUGUUCAAAGUUGUUGUAUUUUUAACCCCUCUCUGUGCUCAUGACCUGGCUCUAUGAUGUCACCUGUCAUUUAGCGGAGGGUCGCACCGUUUGAAGGCCGAUGUUUGGGUUUUUCAGGAAGUUGUGAACACCAUGAUAAGACCUACAAUAUGAUUGGUAAAUCAGUGUCUAAACUUUAAACUACGACUUUAAUCUGGGUUUCCCAUCACUUUUUUUCAUGAUGUAUUUAAAGCUCCUGUAAAGUGUUUUGAGGUAGUUAGAAAACACACAGAAAUUCAAAGCGAUGCCUUUUUUCGACCUACAAGAGCAAACGAGACCAUCAGCAACAAGAUGGACAUUUUCCAUAGUAACUUUUGAAGGCCUAAACACAGCAUGAGGGGGUAAGGGUCAGUCGAGAAAAUCAUCAGUUCUCAACAGAAAAAAACGGCCUGCUUAAACUUUUUCCUCUAGAAGUUUUCACAGUGACUGAUUUAUUUGACUUUUGAAGAAAGCGGGGUUAAGCUGAAAACAUACAGGAUCCAUAUUGAGCUUGUUCUGUAUUUACUCUAUAAAGCAGCUCUGGGUAUCACAUACAGGAUGCGUAUUUGGAGCGUGGCAGCAGCGUAGUGCAGCCCCAAUCAGCUGGGCUCAGUAGAGAGGAAAUGACAUGCUCACAACAGGUUGUUUUUCCUUUCUGUGGUCUGUUUCCUGAUAAUUUUGAUAUAAUCCAGUGACCAUUGAGCCUCUACUGUAUGUGAAAAAGCAACAUGAUUUUACAGUUUCAGUUUUUGCAGGUUUACUCGUGUUUUAUAAAGUAAACUAUGUUCCUUUAUGCUGUGCUGUUACCUUCAGACAGAGUUAUCAUUUAAAAGUCCUGUUGGGGUCCACAUGGAUCAGGGAUUGACCAUCAGAUCGUUCUGUGUUACUGAUAAAUCCAUAAUCAGAAAGUGUUUCUCAUCUACACAAACUGAUACACAGUUGGGAGUCCGCAUAUGGUGUUUUAUUUUGAAAUACCGGAUGACAUACACGGUUUUCGUGCUUGACUUCCUGUCUAGAAUGAUCUUCUCUGUGUGGACUGACGCACACUGGAAGCGUAGAGCAGCAAAAAUAGACUUGUUGCGUAUCUUAAGCAGUGCUGCUCUCGAUACGCUUUUGAUACGCGUCCUGUAUGCGUUGCUGCAUUGAUUAGAAUGGCAACCUAUUUGCUGCGUGAUACGCAACACUCCAAAUACGCAUCCUGUAACUCCACCCAGACGUGUAGAGGGGAUCAACAAAGACAGAAGAGGUAUGACUGCAAUAACCUUGAGGUGAAAAUCUGAUACAACAGCCUGAGAUCACACCUCAUUUGCCGUGCUGUGUAGAGCAGGCCAUAAGAGCUGACCAAGUGCCUCCAUCCAGUUGGAUGAAUCUCUGGCAUGUCAGAAAUUUACACAGUCACAUGCACACUCUGGCACAGUUAAAGCGGCUCUUAAAGGUGACUCAUUUACUACAGGCCUUUUUUUCCCCCCUGAUUGCACUGGUGCAAAAUGGUUAACAGUGUCUAGAAGCUCCUUGGAAACACCACACAUGCAGUAUGAGUACUCAGGUAAUGCCUGACAGGUGUACCAUAUUUUUCGGGCAAUAAGAUCCACCGGAUUGUAAGGCGCAUGAAGCAUUGAUUGGUUUAUUGUUGCUUGCGUAUACUCCAGGCCCGGGCUGCCUUACAUGAAUGCACUUCUAGUUUAGACAUUCAGGCAGUCAGGCAGUCUUGUAGACUGCUCAGGGGUCCUGUUACAGGGCUGAUCAGGUAGUGACAGAGCGUACCGUAAUGCUCCCAAUAUCCAUUGGGCGGAGCAGCUUACCAAAGUUGUACUUACACACUUUGACAGAUUUUUGAGCGCAUUGUACCACAUAAAAUCGGUCAGUAAGCAUGACAAGUUAUCAUACAUAAGGUGCACUGGAUUAUAAAGCACAGUGACAAUUUAUGAGAAAAUGUAAGAAUUUUGAGUGCGCCUUAUAGACCGAAAAUACGGUAAAUUUCAUCCUGGUUGCAUAUAACUCUGAACGGCUUAUUUACUCAUUACUACUUUGCAUUGAGGUGUCGUGAAACCCCUGAAACUGCAGCCAUACUACAGUGAAAUUACUAGAAUCAGCACAGAUGUCAAAUGUUUUUUUUUACAUGACAAAAAACUUCUGAGCCAUUCGGGGACUGAAUGUCUAGGCACCCCUCAACGGUCCUGUCUCCUCACUAUCAUUAAUCUGGUUUCAUACAGUCCUUCCUGUAAACAAACAUCAUCACCAUCUGGUUAUCAAACCUCUCUCUUCCUCUCCAUGCAUCUAUCUCAAUCUUCUCUUUCCUGCAGCCCUCUAAUCAGCUGUCUAUUGUGUUAAAGAAAUACAAACAAGGAGGAGGUUUACCUGACAAGCACAGGGAGCAAAGAAAUACGGGAAGAGGCAGAGAAACGUCCUACAUGAUGAGAUUUUUAAAAAGUAAGUAUAAAGACUUAAGUACUUUGGAAUCAAAAACUUUCGUAGCAGGAGAAACAAAUGUCAAAACCAUAAUAACACACAAUAUUCAAAAAUAAGCAGGCUAUAAAACAUCCAAAAACCACACGACCUCCAAACUCAACACACAAUUUAACACUUAAAAGUCUUGGUCGCCUUAUAUUAUUACAAAGCCUUUCAUUAUUAUAAAUAAAUCUGACAUUUACAGCUUCUUUUGAAGGCCGCCUUUCAAAGAGUGUCACUAAAACAACCAAAAGCACUCAGUCAAUAAAAUUACACAAAGUUCAGAGGCUGUCAGAGCUUUCAAAAAGUUGCUUUUAUGGGGUUUUUUUCAGAUUGUAAUCCAUCCUCUUAAAUAUGCAAACAGACCGCGAGUCAAAGACACUCAAAGACAGCAAACCAAGAGUGGAAAGAUGAAUUAUCUCAACCAGAAUAUCACUGUAAUCUUCAUGGAUUGUGGAGGAUUAAGUCCCCCGGUCAGAAGCAGGUCUGACAGAUAAAGCUCCCCCAUCAUCAGCUGCCUGUUGCAGAAACAGGACACCAGCAGACGGAUUAGAGACCCAGUAACAGACGAGUCCCAUUGAUUUCCUUCGUUUACUGCUUCUAACAUGUUCCAAACUGUGCAGCUAAUACAUUUUAUAUUGUAGUAAUCGAGAACGCCAGCUGAGUCACCCCUGAGGAGACUCAAAUGUCAGUUUUUGUAAUGUUUCAUGUAUUCAUUGAAAAUUAUUUUUUAAGUCUUUGUUUUUAUCAUGAGUUUAUCACAAUUUGAAAACAGCUUUAUUUUGAAUAUAGGUCAAAACCAGCAUUACCAAUAAACAAUUAAUUCAUAUUGUAUACCCUUGCACUGUAUCAGUAGAGUGACGUAGGACUGUGCAAACCCUGAUAUAGCCAAAAACAUGGUUUUCAAGAUUUCCAGAAAGAAUAUCACAAACAUUGCUGGUGUUCCUGGAUCAUGUUAACGUGGCUCACUUUUGACCUCUGUUCAGAAAAGUGGAUUUUGGGAGUGAUUUUGGGCCCAUGCAGUGAUUUCCACUAGAGAGUCAUGUCUUUUUUCCAAUGAAAAGUCAUCUGGGAUCCAACCAUCUUGUUUUUUUUUUUUUUAAUUUCUAUUUUUUUUAAGCUUUGUCUUAUUUUAAAGACACUUUUUAGCGUUAAUAAAAUCCUAUGCUGAGGACCAUUAUUUUGAAAUUAUUUGAAAAAUGUACUCACCCAGUCUCUGACAAAGUGGUGAACCUCUUUCUGUCUUUACUUCUGAGAGACUUAAGAUAGAAAAAAAUACCCAGUCAUGUUAUCAGCCUGUUGUAAAUUAACUUUCUCAGCAAACAGACACUUCCCCAGGUGCAUUUUUUUAGCAUUAAACUGUUUAUUUUUCUCACAUUUGUAAUAAUAAUAAUAAUACAUUUUAUUUAAAAGCGCCUUUCUGAACACUCAAGGACACUGUACAGGGCAUAAAAACACAGUUAGAAACAUAGUUAAAAUAAAUAAAAACAACAUACAAGUGUGAAAGUGGACAGUUAAAGUGAAUAUGUAGUCCCUGUCCCAGUAAUUUGGAAAAUGUACUUGGCAUCAAAUUAUGAAACCAUAAAAUCUUCCACCUGCAAGAAAAAAUGUUGUAUUUGCAGUGUUUUUCGAUUAAAUUAAGGGAUUAAAUGGUAUGAAAGCCUAAAAAAUCUGUAUUUAUCAAAAUUUUACACAUUUUUUCAAAAUCGUGGUCAUAAAUAAAGGUUAUUUGAGUCCUUCGCAGCAGCGCCCACCAAAAAAACCUGUACUAUUCAGCUAAAAAGACCUGAGUUUGAGUCAUUUUUGACCAAACCAUCCAGAAAAGCUGUAAAAACACCCCCAAGAUCUCAGUUGUAAUCGGUGGAAAAUGUCAGCUCAGUGUGAAAUUAAAGGCCAAAAAACAUAGAAAAAGGAUGUUAGCAAGGAAAGGCUCUGUCUUAAACAAGUCUGCAAAGAUUUGUGACUGUAAACAUGCACCAAGAGGUCAACUGAACUCCUUAAAAGCAAAUCUAAAUGAUUUUUGUGCUUGGAUUGUGGGAGUUUCAAAAGAAAACACAGAUCUGUAUCAGGGCGAGACUCUAUUACAGACUCCUCGGUGUGUUUAUGAGUGUGUACAUGCUGCUAAGUGUAUGUUUGUUGGCUCUUAUCUUGGAUCCUGUCCUUAUCCAGGCGCACAAUCUCAGCCUCAGAUACGAACCAAGUGGGACAAGAGUUCUCUGUAAAUGACACACAUUCAUCAUCCACACAGCCCUCACAGAACAGAGACACACCGGAUUAACUGUCAGCAAAAUGCAGAAAAAAACAUAAAUGCACGGUAACUAACCCUAAACUUAAACUGAUAGACCUGCAGAUGUGCACAUAAACAAACAAAGAAAACACCUAAUUUAAUGUAAAACCUUCAAAAUCAACAAAUUUAAGCUGGUUAAGAUCAUUUAUUGUUCUGAUUUAGAGGAAAAAGUGGUUUAUUUUACUCUUUAAAGUCCUUAAAAUUUGAUAAACUGCAAAAGUAAAGUGGAGCAGAUUACGUUGGCAGGGUAGGAAAAACAUAUCACUCUAUUAAACCUCCAUGAAUUGAAUUAGUGUGUAUUUAAGCGGAUGUGUGUAAGUGUGUGUGUAUGUGUGUUUGGCUGGUGACUGUACCCCUCACAGCUCUGUUAUUGUGCUGCCUCUGCAAAACAGUUCCUUUCUGCUGCUCGAGUCCAGGCCAGCUGCUGCUUCCUCUUUAUCCUGUUAGAUUUCAAGUAAUUCAAUUCCCAGAGAAAAAUAUUAUUCUUUCAUGAAAGGGCAGUUUCCCCCCAAAUGACCUGAACUCCUGAAAAAAAGAGCUGUGCACCUUGAGUCGAAUAAAAACAUUAAUAUGAAGCAUUAAAUGUAGACUAGCUCAGGUGACAUGAAUUUAAGUACAAAAUACUUUCAAGAGGUGGAGUCGGUCGUUUUUAGUGUCUCUAAAAACUGCAAGAAAUUAACCAAAUUCACAUGUCCUCUGAUAUCAAUCUUAACAGGGGAAGCUUAAAUGCUGUUUUAAUGUUCUGUCUUAAGAUUAUACGUGAUAGAAACACAGGAAGCUAGACGGUCUGUUAUCAUUUCAACAUUUCCUUACUGAUAAGAAACUGUACAGUUGAAAUGUGAAAAUCCUGGGGAACAUCAGGCCAACUUUCAAAGAUAAAAACACAAUUCAUUACCCACUUAAGACUACAACUAUUGCAGGGUUACCAUAUUCUGACUUCCCAAAAAGAGAACACGACUACAGAGGGCGGAGUCAUGGAGUCUGAGAGUUUUUCGGGUUGGAUCGAGCGUCUUUUACGCACUUCUAAUUCAGUAAGUUCACGUGAUACAAACUUGAAACUUACGUACAAAACUGCGGACAUUUGAACAUUUUUUAACUUCCCUAGACAAACCCAGACAGCCCCCAAAAAAGAGGACAUGUCCGGGUUUAAGAGGACGCAUGGUCACCCUAACUAAUGUUAGCAUUCAGUCAUUACUUAGCCAAACGUACAAUCUACUGGAGACUGGCUUCUUUGCCGUAAGAAUUUUAAAAGAUAAUUUAGUUUUUGGUGACUUUCUUGCUUACUUUAAUGUUAGUUGGGUAGUUGCUGAUUGCUAACAUUAGCUAAUAUCAAGUAUGCUGUUUUGACUUGAAAUGCAGCACUGCAGCACCACAUUGUCAAAGGUAAAUCUGGAUUUUAAAAAAUGAUCAGUGAAGGGCUUAUUUAAUCAAACCCUUCAUUUCCUAUUAUCCAUCUUUUCCUCUCACUCUGACUGUAAUGUGCAUGUAGAGGCUUGUUCUAAGCACAGCUGAUCUCUUUAUUGUUUGUUUAAGCUAGCUUAUCUAACAUUUGUAGCUUCCAGGCCCACACAGGUAGUUUGCCUCUUAUUGUUCCUAUAAAAAGCUUGUUCACUUUCAUAAUUUCACAUUUAAAACUGAAUUGACUGGCUUUAUACCGACUCUGUUAUGUUUUUGUCCAUGAAGCCGUUCUGGGCAAGAUUCCCUCCUGCUAAUCCUCCUUUAAUCUUGGGAAAUGAACAAUCCAACCUUAAUUCUCUGAACAUUGUGCAAUUUGUUUUUCCAAAACACCUACAGUAUUUUUCAAUAGACAACAGAUGGAUUAUUAACAGGUUAUAAUCAGCUUGUAAACUCUUAAAAAAUCACUGUUGCAUUGUUGCUCCUUGAAGUGGUGGAAACUGGCCUGGUAGAUUAAGUAAACUACUUCCUGCCUAAAUCCUGCUAUUGCGUGGAUUGCAGGACAGGAAGUUGCUCCACUUUUCUCUUUCCUGUAGCUCCCCAGGCUGCUCUCACAUCUGUGUCUGCUGACUGUCAUUAUUACCCCGCUCCUAAAGGCAUGGUUGACGAUCUGAGAAAGAGUUGAAAAAAUCUGAGCCGUUGAGGCACAUUUGAAAAAAGCGUCCCACCCUCCACACACAAACCUCUCCCCUCUGUGCUCCAUGAUAACUCCCUCCCAAACCUGUAUCGCCCUCCCUACGACACACCCCCUCUGGCAGAGCAAGAGGCCGGCUGGUAGAAGACUCUACGCUAGCUUCAAAUAGGAUUCACCAUGUCGGAUUACUAGUGACUAGCGGCAGUAAACGCCAGCUCUGCUAGCGAGCGCCAUCUGCAGCUACCUGAACUGCUACCGUGUUGACAUUACAGAGACUAAUAAGAGUUAUUUAUGUAACAUGUGCCUCAAUAAAAGGCAAAAAUCACCUGUUCAAUAAAAACUUCGGUGUCCCAGCGUCUGUUUUCAGGCCUAAAAUCCGGGUGGAGCUUUCUCCACCGCUCAACGGAUGACCCGCUGUUUAUUCGGGUUAGAUUCCUCGCUUGGUCACAUUUCCUCUUCGUCUCUGCCCUCUCCUCCGUCGGCUUGUGUUUUCUUAGAACUUUUUGUGGUGGGGCAAGCAGAAGUGUUUUUUUUCCAUCCUUCUCCAUCACAGCUUCUGUAGCUAAGCUGCUACGCUACUUUUAGCUGCUCCGAGCUCUGAGGAGGGCGGGGAAAGUGGAAUGGGACAAGUCGGAACUACGGGAGAGAGGUGUGUUGAAUACAGUGAGGUGAUUAGAUGGAGAGGUAGAGCAGGAGAUUGACCAAUAGGAGCUGGCCGGGACGGAUAGCUCCCAUUGGUCAAUGUUUUUGCAGCCCUGCACCUGCUCAGGUGAACGCAUUUUUUCCAUUCUUUUUUCUCUUCGCUUUGUGGAGAUCGCACUAUGGGACCAUGAUCGCCAUAGAAACGAGGUUCAUUAUAAUUACCAAUCUCGCCAAUCGUCAACCAUGCCUUUAAGAUGAAAUGUGUUAAACUCCUGUUGGCAUAUCAAUAGAUGUUGUUGGGUAAUCAACACAGUGCGGUGAUAACAAGGAAAGUUAGGCAUUAUACUUAAAUAAAACAACAGUUUUAUGAAAAGAUUUUUUUCAGUUCUCUAAAAAGAAAGAGCUGUUUAGACUAAAAGUACAUUUUUACAGCUCAAUAAUUUUCCCUAUUCACAGCAAUAAAAUGCAUGAUCGAUAACAGUUAUUUUUGUGAUUUAGAGUGUUACUGGUUGCUUAAAACUUGAGUGUAACAUCUGUUCUUGAUUUUCUUUCUGAUGUAAAAUAAUCUCCUUAAAAUCUGUUCAGAUCUUUACCAGACGUAAGCAAAGAAACAUCUAUCUUCCUUCUCUGUCCCGCAUUAACCAUCAAUAGCCGUGUAACUCGGCCUGACCAGCUGCACUGUAACCUCCAGGCUGCACCCCAGCUCUCGCUGCCUGUCUGUGAUUAUGUGAUACACCGGGGCUCCUUGUGAUCCUCCAACAGCAUUCCUCUGCACUUUGAUCAGGAGACGCUCACUGUUUUGUCUGUCAGGAUGAAAUAGUGGGCCUCCGGGAUAUAAACACACACACACUCAAGAUACUUGGGGGACUCACUUUCACACACACAAACACUCACUAAAUAAUGUUCUCGACGGUAUCUGACAAUCAAAAAUUCACUGUGAGUACCUGCACAUGGGGGAAUCUUGAGGAGAUAUGUGUAAAAAUAUACCCCACACAGCUGCUUUCAGGCACUUUGUGGAUCAGUUUCAAAGUCCCCGAGGCAACAUGGAGCUCAGGCUGGAUAUUUAACACCUGUAACGGCAAAACAAAGAAGACACACUCCCCCUCACAGGUGUUAUAGGACUCCCACUGCUCUUCUGCAAAACCGUGUCUCUAAUUUUUUUCUCAUUAGCAUUUCAAGACAAUUGCACAUGUGUUUUUACCUCCAGGGUUUCUCUUUAUUCUCUCCUCUGUGUUAUUAGUCUGAUUGUUUCCAGACCGCACUCAGACAUUUGAUGAAUCCUCUUAUCAUUUACCAUGAAUGAGAAACUCUUACGGACACUUAUUAAUAUUUUUACUGUGUUUCUGGCUUUGUUUGCUCAGGCUAGCCCUGCCUAACUUGUUUGUGGUACCAGAAGCAAUAAGAGAGAUCCGUGUUACCAGUUUCCGAGUCUACAUGGGGAAAGCAAGUGUGCAGGGUUGGUGUUGUUUUUAAUCAUGUUUUUAUCAGCCCCAAAAACCAAGAUUAAUCAGCCCUUCUUUUGACGUCUAGUCCAUUCAAGACUUUUAUCCCCUCCUUUAUUUUCUAACAGGAACAACUCCAAGCUGUAGGGGGACAUGUAUGAACAAGCAACAUUGCCAAAUUUAUGGGACAGCCCACCUGAUAAUCACUUAGAAACUUUAGGAAUGCAGAUGUGAAAGAGGGAGUAUAGAGUUAUUUUGUGUCCACAUUACCUCCACUUUCCUACUUCUGUAAGUGACUGGAGGUAAACAAAGUAAAGAGUAUGACAGAUUAAAAGUAUUUGCAUUUCACACAAUACUGUAUUUUUCCAAAAGUCCUCUUUACCUGUAAUUUGAUUUAUAUUUUUAGAAAAGAAUUACACCCAGAAGAGCUAAUUAUACUGCUGUAAAACUGAAACACACUCACUCUUGGUUCUCACGUUUUAAGUCGUAAAAACUUCCACGCCCACCGCUAUCAACACCCCGACUGCCUUUAAAUUAGACAACGCACAUACACCCACUUGCAGAUAAAAGAAACACACACACACCCCACUAGCAAACACACACCUGUUCACGUGCACAAACUCACAUCAAUGAAGUCUCUUGUUUCUGUCCCUUUCACGGUCACCUGCACAAAGUAACGCCAUCUUUGCUUUUAGUGAGGUCAUGGGAGCCUGAGGGGAGAGAGAGACGACCCCCUCUGCCUUCCCUCAACUGUUCCUGUCUCUCCUAAAUAUGACACAUUCCUCAAGGUUUGAACUUUGACCUUGGUAACCUGUCUACGCCUACAGCCUUAACCUCCCAGAAGGUGUGGCCCCUCACCCUCCAUAUUUAUCUGUCUUCCCCCCAAAGCCUCAAAACUAUGUUUAGGCUGAGAAAACAAAACUUAACCCAAGUCCCUUUUACUUAAAGCCAGAAUUUGCAUUUACUCUUGUUCUGUAAUGAAAUAACAGUCAGCUAUAGUAACGGAAAAGGUAAUGUUGAAGUCUUAAUUUUUCUACCGUCCCUUUCAUACCUCCAUGUUAGCCGCCACAGGGUUACAGUACAGUGUCUACAUGAGAGCCAGGAGACAACUUCACUGGAAUGUCUGAAAUGUUUAACCAGACUGGCUCCAGGCCAAAGUGACUGGACAGCAGAUUAACACCAGAGGACACCCCCCAAAACACACACACACACACACACACACACACACACACACACACACACACACACACACACACACACACACACACACACACACACACACACACACACUGACUCUCUCUUCUACUGUGUGAGAAACCUUGUCAGGGUUAAUAUCACACACACACACGAGGUCAACUCUUUGAACCCUGGUGGACAGAGUGUGUUUGUGUUUGUGUGUAGACCCUCAUACAUCUACUCAUCCUGUAUGUUCAUAUUCAAAGCUAAGACACACCUGAGAGAUUCAUGAUGUCGUACUGUGGGGAUGCAGUCAGCAGAGAAAGAUUCAUGAGAAAGAUUUUAUGUAAUGCGCUCUCUAAUGCAUUUAUUUGAUUCAUGUGUCUAAACUGUGGUUGGAAAUCCACUUGUUUGACAUUGACGAUUGACUAAGUGUUAGCAAAAUGUGCACAAGUCAUAUGCUUAAAUACAGAGGUAUGAACAUGAACGGUAAAAACCUCAUAAACAGCCCAAAUAAAGUCACAUUCAUUUCUCUUCCAAAGACAAAAGCUCCAAGAAACAGUAAGAAGGUUUUAAGGUUUUAGGACAACUGUCUGUGAUGACUCCUUUGCAAACAAGGGCUAGUUCAAGCUGGAUUUGUGCCUGAACUGUCUCUAAAACCUGGGUCUGUUCAACCUGUGAAGACCCUCCAUAAAGGGCCUUAACCACUAGCUGUAAGUAACAUUAUAACAGCAGGUGAUGUGACAACAGCUAAUGGGGCUAAACAAGGAGCAAAGUGGUCCCCUAACCUCAGAUAUUGUAACUUUUUGUUUCAGGGCUGUGUAAAAAGUAACACUUACUACCUGUGUCUAAAUUUACAGUAAUGAAAUAGCAACCAUAAUAAAUACAUACAAUGCAUAAAUAAGGAGUUUAUUGAGCUGCAAACCAUGGACCAAUAUUUGUCAAAUCAAUAAAUGGUGAAAAGGAAAAGAGUCAAUUUUUACCCUGUUACGAAUAUUUUUCCUUUGACUGUUUUAAAUUUGACUUAUUGAAAAGCACCGACCUGCUUCAGCCUUUUUCUUUACAACAAUAAAUAGACAGCCAACUGAAAAAUUAGCCCCACCAGCUCUGAGCUUUGCACACUAACUUCAAAUAUUUGCACAACAGUAAAGGUACACUACGUAUGAAUCAAAUGUGGACACAAGUUAUGACUUAAGUAUAUAAAAUGCAAAAUAACAUCAAAGUUAAAUUCCUUUUAAAGUGUAUAUUUCAGUCUUUGCCCUCUUUUUGUGUCACUCUGGACAGUUCAGGAACAUUAUAGUGGCCUGUCUGCUCAUCUGUGUGUGUGUGUAUUGGACGGAUCUCUUCAGUAUUUUAAAGGACAAGAUGGUGGUUUGGCUGCCCCAGAUGUGGCAUAUUUAUUUUUGGUUCCUGUUCUAACCCCGCUGGUUUUGAAUUAGAGCCUGUCUAUCUGAAAAUCUCCCAGAUUGUCCGCUGCUUCUGUGCGUAUGCGUAAAUGUGUGUAUGUGUGUGUACUUGUGUGUGGGUAAGGCUUGAUUUAGUGCAGAUGUACCGUAGAUUUCACCCCGCAGCUGAACUUGCUCUGCUAAUGGUUUUUUGGCCUUUUUGUGCAGCUGGGUGGGCUAUUAUGUGCACAUACUACAUUAAAAACUUAAAACUCUGCAUGUUGUAGAGAACAUGGUGCUGAAAGUAGCGGCAAACAGAAGGUAGGAUUCAUUACUUUAGUCGUCUCUGUGCUCAGUAAUAGCUUACAGUUGCCGGUCCAUGAAGGGGCGAUAUGAAAGACUUGAACCACCCACUGAAAACAUGUAAAACUCUGAUCCAUUUUACGACCACAUAAACGCAGCAGUGUGCUGGAUUUCAGCUCUACUGAACAAGCUGAAUUAGAGGGUUUUAGCAUGUCCUUCAUGUCUGAUGUAUGUUGCAUGACGACAGCAAGGAGACGCUUUUCUUUGGACACUAUAAGUCAUUUUAAACAUUUUUAGAAACACAGUGAAAAAACUUCUUUUUAUUAUUUUUAUUUAUGCAUGCAGUUUAACAAAGUAAAUUAACAGUCAAGCUUGCAGAUGUGGGGCUGCACUUCCAUCCAUCCAUCCAUUUUCUACCGCUUAUUCUCGUUGGGGGUUGCGGAGGGGGCUGGAGCCUAUCCCAGCAUCUUCAGGCGAAGGCGGGGACACCCUGGACAAGUCACCAGUUCAUCGCAGGGUUGACAUAUAGAGACGAACAACCAUCCACACCUACGGGCAAUUUGAAAGUGACCAAUUGAUGUGGAUGUGGGAGGAAACUGGAGUACUCGGAGUAAACCCACACAGACACAGGGAGAACAUGCAAACUCCACACAGAAACGCCCUGACCUGAAUUCGAACCCAGGACCUUCUCGCUGUGAGGCGAUAGUGCUAACCACUGCACCACUGUGAUGUGGCUGCUCUUGUACUUGUUAAUUUUAACCAACCUUCAGUGUUGAAAAUGAAAAUGAAGCUAAUGCAGAAGUGCAAAAACUUGCAGUUCCCCAAGUGUCCACUAGAGGCUGGUCUCAAAAACCCAAGGAUCCCCAUAAACACCCAUGUUAAAAUGUUAAGGUACAGUACUAGUACUAGAUACACCUCAGUAGGUUAAUUGAUUUUUUUUGUUACUUAUAUUUUUAUUACAAACUACCUGAAACUAUCUUUUUCAGUGUAAACAUGUUGUGGUGUUUGCCUUUUAGAACACAGUCACAGAUUUUAAAACUCCUUUUUUCUUCCGAGAAAUUAUUUUCUUCUCCUUCUCUCAAAAGUCAGCUGCAUUUCUUCACCAAAAAGCACCCUGGUAUGGUAAAAACAACCACACCACAUUCAGACUUUUCAUUUGGGUUGGGCUGAAUUUAGCCUAAGGCUGCCCUUUUUCAGAGGAUGCUUUGGCAAAAACAGAUUGGAAAAACAGAUUUAUAGUUUGGCAUUUACCAAUUACUAUGAGAAAUGUAAAUAUUAUCACAUCAAUAAUAUUUUUAACCCUCUAGCUUUGGGCUUUUUGUCUUCAUAUUUGGGUUUUACAGAGCUAAGUGCUGCUUGUCUUGCUGUUUAAAAUGACAUACAAGUGACAGACAGGUUGGUAUUUUCUUCCUUGAAGGGUUUUUAAGAUUGUGAAGUGGUUUAAAAGCAGAGCAGACACUUUUUUAACGUGAAGAAAUAAAACUAAAUGUCUAUUAACAAAUACCUUGAGAGCACCUGCUUAUUCUCACAAGGGAUUUAAAAACCGAGAAUAACUUUAAUGAACCUCUUUCUUUCUGUUGUUUUAUCUCUGUGCUCAUUAAACCAUUCUCUGCAGGUUGCAAAGUGAAUAAAGUCCUGGUUUAGUUAUUCGCAUCUUGGUUCAUAAUCAGUUUAAAUAGUAAAAAAAGAUGCAUGCAGAAAACUUAACCUCCCACAAACCAGCAGCUGUGAAACCUUUUAAAUGUCUCAAAAGUAAGACUUACGCGACUCAGUUCCACCCAAUGAGAAGGGUGCCUUCCUGGCCCUUAGCAAUUAAACACAUGCACACAAAAUGCGUCAGUCCAGCCGUCUUUUAAAUGCCUUUGGUGUCUGUAUUUUUAGUUUACUUGAUUCAGGCAGGAGCAGGGAGAGCAUGAUGCAGAGGAAGAGGCUAAGAAAGCUCAUGAUAGUUUGCUGCAUAUUGAUUGAGGUAGGACCUUAAAAGUGUUUUUUAAAGUUUUGUGACUUCUUCAGGGAAUAAGUAAGUUAAAUGUUUUUUAAACUAGAGAGGGCUGCAUGACCUCUGACCUGCCAUUUUAGGCAUGUGUGUGACUGUAUUUUUGACUUUCAUGUGUUUUUUAAGCUUUGUUUUCAGUUUGCUGAGGUUUGGGGUUACUCCACGCAGACAGGGAGAGUUCUUUUUUUGCCUCUGGGCACUGUGGAUGACAAUUGAAUAUGCGCAGACCAAAAACUGCAAGCUCAAGUCUUUGCAGCAUUCCUACACCCAGGGAUACAGAGUUUGUUUUUGCACUUUUUCAAUUGAAUAUUUGAACUUUUUCUGUAUGUGCCUACUGUACAACUUUCAAUAAUGAAGUUAAAUCUUUCUUAAGGGUUAUGAGAAUGUGGUCCAAAGUCCUAUCUUCAAUUCAAAGUUAAUUUCUAAUUUAAUUUAUCAUCCUUGGACUCUAGAUCAGUGGUUCUCAAUUAGUCUCACUCUGGGACCCACAUUUUCCCAUGGUCCCUAAGUUGCAACCCACUUUUAUAAAAUUCAAACCAAGCAAAUUAAUUUUUUUAGACAAGAAAAAAAAAAAACUUUUAAAAGACUCAAACCUUAAACAUAAAUACACCCAUUUUAUUGAGUAAAGUGCAUUUCAGAGCACAUGAACUGAGGAUGACAACUACUAAAGUUGCAUAUACAGAAAAUAUCAAAUUGCCAAAAAUAAAGAUAAAAAAAACAACAACAAAAAAACAACAUGUAUUUUUACUGCAUUCAGACAACAUUGAUAAGAAACCAAGGAGGACCAUGACCUCAACCUAAACGCCACUCUAUAGCCACAAAUAAUGCUCAGAACAGCACGUAACUUCAUCAACAGUAUAUAUAGGGUCCUAGCCAUAGCACUAGCCACCAAACAUCUUUUUAACUUUGCCUGAUUUCUUUAGCAAAGAGACUAAACACAACUCACCUACUCUCUUCCAGCAGCCGCUUGUUUGUAGCGAGACCUCAGGACAGUUCAUUACAGACUGCAGCGGGGUGACGCAGCUCAAGGAAGAACAUUAACGAUAUUUUUUGUUGAUUUUAGUCAGUUCUUGAUAUCCAAUCAUGAAUUGAUCCAGCCUUGAAUAUUAGGAUUGUUUUAUACUUUUGACUUGAAAUAUUGUUAAAAUUUUUUACUUAUUUUUGCCUUACUACCAUGUUUUUUAAUGUCCCUUGCCUAUUUUUAAAUGUAUUCAUGGAAUAAAACAAAACAAAGAUGCAUGUAAUGAACAGAAAAUCCAAAUACAACAUAUAAAAAAGCAGCCAACUGAAAAGGAAACAUUUUGAACAUACAACUGUAUUUGUUUUUAUGUGAAAUUGUUGAAACUUUUACAACUUUUCUUAAUAAUCAAAAAUUUUUAAUCAUCUUCAACCCAAACCGUCAUCUGUAUCACUCAAACUCACUAUGAAAGCGUUGAUUGGCUGUCAGGUAUUUUGGGCGUGGCAUCGUCAACUGCCAUACAUUUGAUUGGUCGGCUGCGUUCGCUCCUCGUAGUGGGCGGGGCCCCACUGUAGGCUGGCUGUCACAGAUAAGUUGAAGGAUACAUUCAACAGUGUAACGGGAUAACAGUUGGACGUCGCGUUGAGGGGAGUUUUUCCUUUGAUUUUUUUUUCGUUAUCUCUCAAAAACAAUUACAAUUGAUUGAAUGUUGGCUGACCUCUUUCUUUUGAAGAACUGUCCUCUUGGUUUUUUGUCACAAAAUGUGAGCUUUUGAAUGAGUUUUUUGACCAUGCCGGUGGAGUAAAGCGGGUGUGUUUGACAGGAGACCUUUGAGGGAUUUUAAAGAGGAAACCAACCCGCACUCAGCAAACAGACCUUUGUUUCGUUUCUCAGCUAAUUUUUUAGCUUGUUUCAAGCAAACAGCUGUUCACUGUCGGAGGUUUUAAUGAGGGCGAGUUUGAGUCGAGAGGUUUUUCUCCUCAAAUGACGUGGAAUAGCACGAUGAGCAGUGGCUACAGCAGCUUGGAGGAGGACUCCGAAGAGUACUUUUUCACGGCCAGGACCUCUUUCUUUAAAAAACCUUCAGGAAAAGUCACAGAGAGCAAGGUAAACACACAAAAGCAUGUGCUUCUUUGUAGAAUAAUACCUCUUGUAUGCAGUUUGAGUCACUAAGACAGGCAGACCAACUUUUAAAGGACAGGUUGUCUCUUAGAGGGUCAUCGCUCAGAACCUCAUUGCAAAAUCUGUCAACUUUGAUUUUCAUUAUUUUCUUCACAAAAGCACAGUUGGAAUAUUAAUUAAAUCAUCAUUAUCUACUCUUUAGAAGUCAAUCUUGAGUUCGGCAUACAACUAGUACAAAAAAAAUCUAAACUUUUUUAAUUGAAAGAUCACUUGUGCAUAAAGUUCACUUGUCGUUUCAAUUCCACUUCGCCACGUAAUGCCAAGAUUUGAUAAAGGAAUGCCACCUCCAAAACCCCCAGUUUUGUACAUUUUUUGUGCCGAACUCAGCAGAAGAGUAUAAAAAUAUAUGAAGUCAUAGUUUUAAGUUUAAUCUUUUUACUCUACGUUUCCUAAGAGUAAGCAAACAUUGAAACAAGACAAUGGCUUCGAGGGAUAUGGUGCAAGUGGCAAGACACAGCUGUUCGACUAUGGGGGGAAAAGAGGAAGCUGUAAAGUUCAUAAUGUUGUGCAGAAUUUGAAAGAAGGCCUUACAGAGUUUUCAAAAGUCAGUUUCAGUUUAGUUUUUGUUUUUUGCAUGACCAUAAACUAGAAAACACUAAAUCAGCAGAAUUGUUUAGUAAGCUACAGAGCUACUCACACAAAGAGUCUGUGGCUUAAUCCUGUUUUGACAGUUUUGAUAGGUUUAGUCUAAAUUUCAUAUGACAAUGAGGAUUGAGUUUACAGCCUGUUGCAAAUAGUACUCUAAAGCUGAAACAUUGAAAAUAUGAGUUUGUCCUCCAUGUGAGGGCAUUCAGGACUGAGCAGUAGGUCUUCAAUAAAGCAGUAAAAGCUUGUGAUCAGCAGGCCAGUUAUUAUCACCCCCCAGGGACUCACACAAGACCCAACACAAACUGAACCUUGUGACCAAAUUGGCCCAAAACCAGCACUUAAAACCACUGAAUGAAAGAUGCUUUCAGGGACAGGUUUUUAAAGUUGUUUUUGAAGGCGUUCUUUGCAUGCAGACUGACAGAAUUAUGUCAAGCCUGGACAUGGGAUUGAGUUAAAACCAAAGACAUUCAGCUUUAUCAUGUCUGGAACUUGAAAAAUUAGGUCACAUUUCAGGUCCUGGAAUAAGUACCGGGGCCGGCUAGACUUCAAGUGGCUCUCACACACACUGAUCCACUUGUCCGCACACUCGCAUGCACUCAGAGGCUCACAGUAACUCAGACUGUCUUGCAAACACAGCUGUUUUGUCCCACACUUUUCAGCAUACUGUUACAGAAUUGAGCUAUUCUUCUUCUUCUUCUCAGCCCACUUCAAGAGUGUGUGUAUGUGUGUGUGUGUGUGUCGCUUGCAGAUUCUUGCAGCAAUGCAUGACCCUUCUCUUUCCCAUAACAGACCUUUAACUCUCAUCCUCAUUCCUCAUGGCAGUGAGUGUGAGUGAUGCACAAUGUGGGACACUCAGUGCUGCAGAGGUUGCGACCUGUGGUUUCUCAAACUGUCAACUUGAAAUGGGACCCUGGCUGCUGUAUGCUGUGCAUGCAUCCCACAUGCCAGCAUAAUUACAACUAUCACAGGGACGUGUCCUUUCGGAAAAAUGUGUGGCACUGCUGUAUGAAAUUAGUGGUUGUGUAUCGGAAAAAUAGAGGGUUAUGUGUGAGUUCAGUUGAUGUGUAUUUUUGUUAACCGGUGAGCUGUGACUGGUGUGAAAGAGAGGAAUUGGUUCAGGUUAGGAGAAAUGACUUUUAUACUUUUAUACCAAAAGUGAUGCUGAUGUUGUGUUGUGCAUUAAAGAGAGAAAAAUCAAAGUUAGUUUAUGAUUGCUUUGCUGUUUGGAGGCUCAACCUGCUUGAUUUGACCAUCGCAUGUAUGAACUUUUGAACCAUGGGGUUGACUAAGCAGUAGUACUCAAAGCCCUUUUUUGUACAGUGAUCCCACAACAAUACUGUAAAGAAGCGCCUGUCAUCAUGCCAGCUUUGCUUCGUUUACACAAAGCCAAACAACACAGACAUACAGUGCUGCUGUCCUGAGUGAGCGUUUUAUUAUAUGGUGGAGAUGGAGUGGGAUGGAUGAAAUAGAGAUGCACUGAUAUAUAGGGAUGGGAAUAGAUAAGAUUUUAUCAAUAUCGAUGCCAAUAUCGAUUCUGCUUAUCGAUUCAAUCUUUUAACGAUUCCUUCAUCAAUGCCUUUCUUUGAUUUGAAAAAAGUAGACUAUAGGUUUUCACCCUUAAGGUCCUUACACACCGGGGCCGACGCGAAUAUAGAACGUGAAAUUACGAAAUAUUCAGAGGUGAAUUUUGACGGGCCUGACUACACACAUCAAGCCCGAUGCAAUUUUGCGAAUUUCCGGGGUGAAAAAGAAGCAUCCUGGGUAAGAAUUGUCCCGGGCAAAGUGCUGCCUCCUUCGCCUCUGAUUGGCUAGAAAAGCUGGAAACGUCAUCACACGCUCAAGCUUAACGGUCAGCACUUAUAGCCAAUCAGAGGCAAACUAUUAAAGCACACAAACCAUCUUGUUUGUUGGUGUUUAUAUGUUUUUACAGCUUGAUGAGACUGAAAAAAGAUUUAAAAAAGCAGUGUACACGUGUUUUUAGUCCACAUUGUCCUCAAACUGUGCUAAAUAUCAGCUGGAAAGUCACUUUCACCGUAUAGUAAUGUCAUUUAAAGUGCAAGUUGGCAGGAAUAAUGGCGUGUUUAUGUGUGUGUUUAUGGAUUUGAAAUUAGGGAAGUGCCCCACCUUCCUUAUCUGGAUAUGACCUUCGGGAAUGAACUUUUGACUAAAGCUCACGUUGAAUAGUAGUACUCAGAGUAACAGGCAGUAAUUUAAGCACUGCACAGCCAACCUAUUCAUGACUGUUAAACUGAAAUUAAACUGCAGGGGACAAGGAGACACUAUAUUUGAUACAGGUCCUCAAAUUUUGUCCAUGUGGGUCAAACAGCAGCCUGAAACCCAAAACAAAAAUCCUCAUGUAUGAAAGCAUUGUCUCUCUCUGAGGUGAAGUAGUUAAUUGACUGAAUUGAGUUCAUUUGAUUUGAAAGCCACAUAAAACAGAAUUUCCCUUUUAAGAUUAUAUCUGUAAACCCUUCAGGCUCCAGAGUAAUGUGGGUAGAUAAUCAUUUCCAACUUGCUCUGGAUCAGGAAAACCCCUGAGGAUUUCAAGGAGGGGUAAAACCAGACCCAGAUGACACGGUUUACCUUCUUCAAAUGAAAUCUAACGCUUAAUUUCUGCACAGUCUGACACUUAAACUUUUUCAACAUUUAAAAAACAGCCUCAGAUUAUUAAUGACCACAAAAAGUGAAGACCAACUGUGGUUUUGGCUGGACUGUAAUCACAUCGGUUCCCAGGAGACACUUCACCGAGAGGUUCCAGAGUUUAUAUAAGAAAGUGAAGUUUAAUGAGGUUUAGAGCAAACAGAAGAGACAGGACAAACACGAUGAAUGAUGGGUAAUAAACCGAUUCUGGAUGGUCUAACUGGGAAAUGAGACGGAGCGGUCUGUCCAGAGGUGGAUUUAUCUCCAUAUGUCCAUGUAGAUUCUCAUUCAUCCAGGUCAUAGUUAUCUUGAAGACUUAAAAAACAGGCAACUGGACUGUGUACUCUACACAGUCCAGUUGCCUGUUUUUUAAGUCUUCAAGAUUUAUCUCCAUACUCCCCCACACACACAUGCGUACGCAGAGACACACACGCAGACAUUGUCACCCCCGCUCGCCCAGUCCUCCACCUUCUCAAUGGUGUUUCUGUCGGGGAAAUGUCACUGUGACCAGAGGGUCUGUGUGUCCCAUGGAAAAAAAAUGCAAGAGGGUAAUCCCACCCAACCCCCCCAGAGUCCACACACAUACACACACACUUACAAACGCACAAAUAUUAAAACACACCCACACACUAGACGGCUAAAGCAGCUCAUCUUCAUUUCAAAUCAUCCUCUCAGACGGCCCGCUCACACUCUGCUGCAUUCAUCAUCUGUUAGAUGGGAUGUUUGGAGGUUUGUAGGCGUUGUUACAGCACUGACGCUGAAUUAUUUUUCACAACAAGGAAAAAAAUCUACUGAUUUGUGUCAAAAAAGGCUUUACAUUCCUACAAAAUUCACCAAACUACCUCAAACUGGUGCAUGUAUGUUUGCCUCGUUUGUGGUGAUUGUCCUAGCAUGCACCGGGACAAAUGCAGAGGGGAUUACAGCAUUGAAAAAACACACAGAUAAACAAUGCAUUAUUAAGCUAUUAGUAGAUAGAAAGAAAGCUGCUACAUUUUUAUAUUUCUACAGUAGUUUUUCAAUCUAAAUGUCAACGUUGUCUGCUUUUGGGGUCACUUUUGAGAUGAAAUUAGGAUUAUUUAUGCUGAUUGGAUAGAAAAUGCAAUUUAUAGAUGCAUGUUUUGGCUCUUGGUAACCUUGAUAAGCAUUUUUUUUCAGUAUAUUGUCAAUCUGCAUAAUGAUAAAUAGUGAUGAGAUUUAAAAUAAUUCAAUGUAGCAGAAAAGUUGUAUAUUGCCCAUCAUGUUGACUUGAAAAUACACUAAUCCACUGGCUCAAAUAUGCAGAAAUCUUUGCUUUAAAACUCUAAUUUGAAGUCUCUGAUUGAAGUCCAUCCGUCCUGGUUUAAUGAGUGUUUGACCCACUGCUUUUGUUUUCCAUAUAUCGCACAUUAGCUUAGUACAGAACAUCUAAUGUAGUUAACUCCAACAGUGCUGCUGCUGUGUCUGUUUAAUGGGUGGAUGUCAGCAGGUCAGCAGCUUGUCCUCCACUCAGCAGUGUCAGCUGAUCAUGAAUAAGUUAAUGUAGGAUGGUAGUGAGGGGUCGAUGUCCGUAAUCCUCUCUGGUUCAUGUGGCUUCACAAGAAGAAGGAUGGUUUAGAGCUCUGCUAGAGUCCAACACAGGGUUGCACCAGCUAAGUUCAAAUGGAGUAUAAUUCAAUAUAGCAUAGUAUCGCGAUAUUUUGCCUGGUGAUAUAUCGUAUUGUCUCAUUUACCAAGUAUAGUUGUUUUUUUUAAAUAAUUGCCAAUAUCAAGUCAAAUCUAUGAUAAUGGAAAAAUAAAAUCAACUGUUUGUCCAGUGAGGUUGGCAGAGGUGAAAUCAUAGAGCAGGAGAAAGUUAGUGCAAUAAAUAUAUAUAUAUAUAUAAGGUUUGCAAGAUGUGCUACAUGAAAAUAAAAUACUGUGUAAAUAAGACGAACAUAAAGGAAACAUAACGUAACAGUUGAAAAAAAUGUAUAAAUCCCAAUAUAUUGUAUCGUAGUACUCACUGUAUCGAAAAAAGUUAAAAAUCGCAAUAAUAUCAUAUCGUGGCCCAAGUAUUGCUACAAUAUCGUAUCGUGGGACCACUAGUGACUUCCACCCCUACUUGGCACUGCUGUGCCAGACGUUUGCACCCAAAUACUCAUGCACUUUUUUAGAAAAUGCUGAGUUUUAACCUAGUUUUGGUGUUGCAACGACUUCUUCCUCCUGCACUUCUGCUGUCUGCAUGUCAAAGCGACAGGAGUAAUAAGUUAAAAUUCAACAGCAUGCAAACACAGAAGGUUGUUAUGAUUUAUUUUACCUUUUCUUUAAAUAAAACUCUAAACAUCCUCUUGAAUUUAGCAAAUCCAGUGUUUCCCCUAGAAAUUUUUUUCAGCUGCAGCACUGUUACCCCCAAUCUCUUACCACUCAAGGAGCUACGCUGCCAUGUUCAAGUUAUGUUACCUGCGCUACUCGCUUUCUUGACCGUGUAUUAGCUUGAACGUUACCCUUCACAUUAAUGGAAGAGGGUCUGACAGGAUUUGAUGCGCUCGUUGAUGAGUUAAAACAUGUCAAAAAUAACAUUGUGUGUUGUUGUGCUCACACAGUGCGAGUAGAAAUCGUUAGUGGCGCAUUGAUAUUAAUGAUCAUGUGAAAUUUCAGUAGCGGCGCACGUAAUUUCAGCGGCGUUGCACCGCUGAAUGAAUGUCGGGGAAACAAUGAAAUCCAUGCUAUAACAGCCUUAAAAAGAAAGAUUUUAAAAACGCAUAACUUUUUAUUUAUAGCAUCAUGUCUGUUGAUUGAUUUAUAAACAGUUUUAAAAAAGGUGGCCUGUAUUAUGUCAUAAAUGUGGCUUCUUUUUCAAGAGGAAAUAACAGAUUUAGUUGCAGCCAACAUUUUUACUGGUAUGAAAGAGCAUUUUUUCUGCCCUUUUGUUCUAACAUGGUGUAAUUUUUAAUCUGGAUUUGAAAACAGCCUCAGGCCAAACAGUCCUCAUGUCUGAUCUGAACAAACAGACUGGGUUAAAAACUCAGUAGGAGCUUUAACCCCUCGCUGUCUGGGUGUUUUUCCAUUAAGUGCUUUCAGCCCGACCACUCCUUAAAGCUGUAUUCCCAGCCUUUAAAUCAGCUUAUGAUUUCAUCUGCAGUGUUUUAUGACAGCAUGAAUGUUUGCUUAUCACCACUGUGUGACAGAUCUGUUAGAGGAACUCUGAAUGUGUCAAUCUCAAACCAGAAGUGGUAUUUCCUCACAGUUCAUGCUGUAAAGUGAGCACACUGUUCUCACUCGAUGUAACAAAGUGCGGCCUGUGUUUACCUCUUACAGUACCCAAAUGACAUCAUAUUGUGGGAGUCUGUGUGUUGUUCCCUCUCCCCAGCUGACCGCUCCUUACCUCAGCUGAUAGAUUUAUGGUUCAGUAUAUCUACCUGACCCUACCUGCGCCCUGCAACCCUCUGCCGGUGUGUUCUCUUUCACUUCUGUUUGUCUGUAGACCCACUCGCCGUCAUUCCUUGUGUCCAGUCUGACCAGUUUUAUUUUUUUGCAUCUUUAUUUAGUCCUUUCAUGGGAACUUCUUUAGAAACUCACAUUCAGAGUGAUGUCAUUCUCCACCGCCGAGCUUCAGCCUGCUUAUCUGUCACUCUGGGAAAAGUACCGUAUGUUCUUUAUCUUUAAGGGUGAUGGAGAGACAGAGGGAGUGACUGUCAGUGAGAGACAGAUACAAAUCUUAUCUCUACCUCUGUUUCUUUCUCUUUUUAUGUCUGCAUCUUGGACUAGGUUAUUGUUUAUUGCAGCUGCAAACCUGUUGUCUCAUUUGGUGUACUUUGACCACUUUAUUCCCUUCAGUCUGAAUCUGUUCACGAAGAGCUUUAGAGUUAUGUGUUUAUAUGACUCUUCUGUUAUUUCCCCUCCUUAAUGCCACUUUGAGCUUUUUUUUUCACUUUGUCCCAGGAAUCUUUUUGUCCCCAGCUAAUAGGGACAUUAUCGGGCAAGAGGGGUUCUUAUUUUUGUGUUUUAGUCAGUUUCAGGUUCAAGAUUCUGCAAACUUAGAGCAACAAAUCCUGUUUGUAUUUUUGACCAUCAUAGAACCAAUACCCCGUGUUGUCUUUCUCUUCCUCUCAGACACGUGAAUCCAAAUCUGUCCCCUCUCACAUUCUCCCUCUCUAGAUUUCCUUCCUCUGUCUGUUCAAACUCACCCCUGUCCCCCCUUUCUCUCUCUCACCCCUUUUCUCAUCUUUUCUCACUUGUUCCUCCUCCAUUGUAUGUCACUUCCUCAUUCCUCUUUGCACUACAUCCGGUUCAGUCGACGCUAACAAGGCCUCCCAGACCUGGUUGUUGGUCACAAACUAUAACCGUGAUGUUUGGUUUUACACAUUGAUUGGAUUUUUGUCCAAUGAUUUGGUCGUGUUACAAUGAAAAAAAACGUCUUUGUUUCCGUCAUCUUGUGUCUAAUAACUUAUUGUAACCUGUCUUCCUUCUUCUGCAGAGGUUUCAGUUUUUCAGAGCAGAUUCCUGAAAUUCACUCAUCCAGUUGCGUGGCAUUAGCCUUCUCUCUGACACUGUAACUAAAGGCCUUAGAGUUCAAGUUUGACUAAGAGUUGAUCUUUCCUUGACCUUCUUUAAACCUUACCAAAGACUAUUAGGCCAACUGCACUGAUUCAGAUUAUACUCAUGACCCACACUAAACUAUUUACCUCUCUUUAAAGCCUUGAUUAAAUCUCAGAUCUGGGACUUUUCCCUUUGAGAAAACUUAGUUUUAUUAAUGUCAUUGUGCUUCAUUGGAGUCAGUCUUCUCUUCAAGCUGCCCUAAGAGGCCACAAGUUGGUCUCCUUCUAAUCUGAGCUUCAGGUGAAUGUGUGUGGAGGUGUUUUGUGUGUCUUAUGUGAACUACAGAGGUGUUUAAGCUUCUUUGAGACGCCUUUGCAGUGUUUGGACUCACAACACUGCCAUGCCAACCAUAAACACAGGAGUUGGUGCCGGGUCUCUUUGCCUUUCAUGUUUGCGUCCAUGAGGGCUUUGUCGAUUGUUCUGCUUGAAGCUUGGUCAAACAGUUGCUCAAUGUUUUCCCUCGGCUCAGAAAUGUGGCUAGAAUUUGGUGUUUUAUUGCAAAAGAACAUUUAUUGGCAGCUUCAGCCACUUAGAGCAGAUUAGUCUGAAGUGUUUCCGUUGGUAUUCUUAUUUUAGAAAGGAAAACUGCUGUAUGGAAGUAUUUCCCUCUCCAUCACUGAUGUCAGAUUAUAAUAUGUGUACAGUAGCUGUUGGUGAACUUUGUCUCAACUCGCCUGGAGGAAUGCCAUCAGUCUGAUUUUCAGUUUGGUUUUAUGAGUCUCUUUAUGGUUCUAGAACUUUCACACCCAAAGAAAACGCACAGAGGGACUUUAACUUACAGGUAGAGUUAAAUCUCCAGACUUUCCAUCAGCAGCAUUGAGUUACCAAAUUUUUUCAGUUCAAGUAUGUAGGUCGGUUAACAAAUUUAUGAAACGCAAGAAAUACAAAUCUCAGUUUCUGACUGUUUGCACAGUAAAAUGGGAUUAAUGCUGUGUUCCAGUUACCUCAGAAGUCAGAUGUCAGAACUGGGAAUGACGUUACACCCAAGUUGACGGCGAUCUAGUAAACAAGUCUGAAAACCAUGAUGGACGCCUACAGCGUCGUUGUUAGCUGUUAUUUACAAUUGUCAGCCGUUGUUAGCCAUAGUUAGUUGUUUUAUUAGCCAUUGUCAGCUGUUGUUAGUUAUAGUUAGUUAGUCUUGUAAGUUACCAAAGUUGUAAACAACGUAUAACACAGCAUUUUACUUGUAAACACCAUAGCACCGUGUUCACAGUUUGACCCUGAGCAGUACAACAAAUACCACUUAUUUAAUUUUACAAAAACAACACAGAAGUACUAAUAAAUAAUAAAUUACGAGAGCUUUCACUGUUACUCUUUACUGUUGACACACUAUGCUGCCAUCUUGGAUAAUGACGUUGUCGUCAAGUCAGUGUUGGUGAGGGUCGUCCGACUUCAGGAGUGCGUUCCAGAUGAAUUUCCUGACUCGGAGCUAGGAAAUUCCGACUUCCAUGUACAACUGAAACGCAAUAUUAUUACGUAUCAUAAAAUUAUGGCCUCUCAUUGCAGCUAGCAUGGCUUCCCAGACCUGAUUACAUCCAAAUGAACCCAUGUAUUGCGAUGGUUGGAUUCUGCAGUUAUUUUUGUUGAAUAUAACACUUUUAAACAGUGUUGACUCAUUUAAGACAUCAGCACUGAUAUAUUAAAACAAAAAAAUCCCCACACAAACCCUCCACUGAUGUUGUAACUGUGACUACUGUGGCUUUUUCACUCUGACAGAUAUUAAAUUUACAAGGACCACCUCUGUGCUUUAAUGCACUGGAAAGACUUUUCAGUAGAUAUCAGGUUCAGUCAACAUAAAUGUCAAAUCUGCUACAAAAACAUGACGAUUACAUCAUAACUUGUGCACACACUGUGAUAUCAGUCUAUCUUUACCCGUGAGCCAGCACAGGUGUUUUGUGUGUGUGUGUAAAGAGGGGAGUCACUGCAGUGUAUUGUUUUGAAGUCCAGUCUCUGUGUUCUGUCUGCAGGUUACAUAAAGGUUUUUUAUGAGAAGCUCUGCAUGUCCAAAGGAAACAUUAGUGGAAUUGUUCUUAACUGUGCUGCCCUCCCUAUCUCUUCAAACACAACCCAAGUGCUUUUAUGCCUGGAAACGCACACACACAUACACACACACACACGCGCCUGCUAACACAGCAGUGGUCUGUGUUGUAUAAUAAGAUAAAUCUGCCUUUGAAAGCACCCACCUGCGUCAUGGAGAGUAUGAGGAGUUAGUAAGGACUCUAUGUGUGUGUGUGAGAAAGAGAGAAAGAUGCAGGUGGUUUAACUCCUUUAAGAUGCAUUCAAGAUGCAGUAUUUGACUAUCAAAAUAUCCUUCACCUCUGACUGAAUCCACAUGUCAUUUUACUAUGCAGCCUUGGCUCAUGGUCAACCUGCUAAUGGAAACAUUUCCUAGCAAAAAAUGUGUUUGGAGGUAUUUUUAAUGUUUGCAUUCGUUCUAUUAUUUCACAUUCUGUUCUGUUCUAUUCAGUCAUGUUCUAUUCUAUUCUACUGCAUUCUAUUCUAUUUAAUCAUGUUCUAUUCUAUUCUCUCUACUACAUUCUAUUCUGUUCAAUUCUAUUCUAUUCAAUCAUGUUCUAUUCUAUUCUAUCUACUACAUUCUAUUCUGUUCUAUUUAUCUACUCUAUUCUAUUGUAUUCUACUGCACUCUGUUCUUUUCUAUUCUAUCUACUGCAUUCUGUUCUGUUCCAUUCUGUUUAUCUACUGCAUUGUAUUCAGUUCUGUCCUAUGUAAUCAUGUUCUAUUCUAUUCUAUUCUAUUCUAUUCUAUUCUAUUCUAUUCUACUGUGUUCUGUUCUAUUCUAUUCUAUUCUACUAUAUUGUGUCCUGUCCCAUUCUAUUUUAGUUUUAAACUUUUAAUGUUGAUAGAAAUAUCUUUAUUUCAUCCCCUGUUGGAUAAUAAUCUUGUUUUUUUAAGAAUGAACAUUUUUAAUCUGAAGAUAUUUUGACAGUCUUGUCUUAUUUCCUUGUGAACUCAAUGCCCUUGGAUUUGUUCACAGCUAAACAUCUUUAGCAGUUUUGACCAAAGAUGCAUUUAGUUUUUUUGUUCUCUCUUCUCUAACAUUUGAGAUAUAAUAAAACACAUGAAAAUCGUUCAUCAACAAUGAAAACAAGCAGUAACUCUUUUACUCAUCCAUUCGCUUUUGUAAAUGCUGCUUAUAAAUCUCGUCUGUAGUGAUGAGUCAUCCAACCAGCUGCUUUAAACAGACUCCUCACUGUAUGGCAGCGGUCCAUACUGUCUGAACAGGUGGUGGAGUGGCUUUCCUCCUCUAGCCUUCACUUCAUUUGACCUCUUUGUGGAGGUUAUACAACAGAGUUAAAAAAAACACCACAAGUGAGAUGUUAUCAACUUUUUAAAACCACCAAAGAACUUCACUUUUACUCUUGUUGAAAGUUCUGCUCCCUCUUUUCCUCUCUUUGUCGUACAGUCUGAGAUAAUUUGACUUUCCUUCAAAAUCACUCAUUAAAAUAGUUGUUUACUGCCGUCAUUAUUUCAGUUUGUUUGCACUAAAGCGAGUGUGGCCUCCUGCCCCGUCUCCUCUGUGUUUACAGGAUCAGUAAUGAAGCGUGUGUUGGUUGAUCUCUGCUGCUGUGAGCUAUUCUGUCACAUACCAUUCUUCAGUUAGAAACUCAUCUGGGAGCAGUUCAGACCGGCUGUGAUCUCCGGGGUCGCCAUUAUCACCAAACCGCAGCGCACUUUGAGGCGGUUGGCGCUUUCUUUGAUGUGCAGAGCAGAAAGUGAGAGUCAGAUGCUGAAGAAUGACAGGGCAGGUUUACGGAAAGUGUGCGUUGAUGAGUUGAAGACCACCUCCUCAGAAAGCCUUCAGAGGUUUUCUAUUAAAGGACAGAUAUUUUUGGUGUUGUGGUCAGUUCAAGGUCAGAGAAAGCUGCUGAACAAUGGGCUGUGACACAUUUUUCACAUAGUGUUUCUUUUUAUUUUUUAUAUGCUUACUGUAGAGAUUAUUUACCCAAAUUUAUCUGAUGUAUAUGUUUCACUUUAAUCACUGUAAUAUAAAAAUCUCAGGUUACACCAUGAAAAGGGACGUAACAACAAAAACUUGUUGAAAGUAGGGGUGGACUGAUAUCAGCUUUUCAGGGCUGAGAAUUAGGAGUUGAUGAAGCCAAUAACUGAUAUUCAGAUCAAUAUGCAAUGACAGUAAAAAUUAAAAACUCAUGUCACAAUGUCGGAUUCAGAAUUUUGAAAAUGAAACACCUGCAGUGAAGCCAAAGCAGCACGCUUAUUAAUUCAUCUUAUCAGCAAAAUGUGUAAUAAAAGUCUGAUAAAGAUAGUCUGUCUGAGCUGAACUUUGGCCCCGAUAACUGACCAAAGUGGAGAUGCACCGAUCCAUUUUGGCCUCACCUGUCUUUCCCUCUUUGUUAUGGACUGGAUGGGGUGGAGUCACAUUUCUGACGUAGGAGAGCAUCUUAAAGAGACAUGAGACCAUAGCCUACUUACACACAUCCAAAACAAACUUUUAUUUGUUCAUUUUUUUGAUACCGAAUAUAUUGACAUGGGCAAAAUGAUGUUGAUAUUGUCGUGAAUUUCAGUAUCGGUUAAUUCUCAGUAUAUUGCUCAGACCUAAUAUCAGAUUAAAACGUGUAUAAAAGUAUGACCUUUUUUUUCUUGUGAGUGCAAACGUGGUCAACUAUAACUACAUUUGAAGAAAGAAAUGAAUGAUACAAAUACAUUAAUACCUGCCAAUCUCUAUUUAUAACUUGAACGUUUCUUUUCAAAAUAAGACUCUGCAACCCAUUUGAACAUCACACAAGCAGAGGUUAUUUGAGUGCAAACUGAAAAGCUUUGAAGUGAAACUUUAAGGCCUCAGCUGUGAUAUAAAAACAGAACAAUCGCUCCAAGUUGGCCACAUUUUUGCUGUCCUGAAAUCCAGUGAACUCAGCGCUUCGUGUAAUAUGUUCAAAAAUAAGGUGUAACUGUGUUAUUGGUCUGUGAAGACUCUUAACAGCAUUCCACACUCCCCACUCAUCACACCGCAGCACACCUAAUGUCGGGUCUACUCAUAAUGAUGGUGUUAAGAGUCAGGCUUGCGUGCCAAAUAAACCAUCCUCCUCAUGUGUGUCAUUAGUCGUUUCAUGUGACACUUAAAAUGGAGCAACAGACCCGUGCUGAAUGUACUGUUCUGUUCACACACACACAUCAGACACACACACACACACACACACACACACACACACACACACACAAACAGAGUCUCAGCUGUAAGCCUUCAAGGUCUGUGGGUUCUGGAUGUAGUGGCUGGUCAUUAUGGCGAUGUGUGAGGUGGUUUUGAGUAUUAGGAUUUGGCUCACAUGGUUGAAAAUCACUCAGACUGUGUUUUGGCUCGCUGGAUGUGGGAAUAUGUGUGAGUUUGUGUGUGUGUGGGAGUGUUGAGGCUCUUUUAAAGGGAUUUUCCAGUGUUGCAGAGGUGAAGGACUGACAGUAUAGUCAUCACACACACACAUAGAGCAUUAUAUCUCACAGGUAUUGUUUCCCUUGUCUCUAUUAUCAGGCCUCGGACAGACACGCCUGCUUUUCACGGCCGCAUUGUGUCUGUUGUAUCACAGAAACGACUCAUAGUACCGUGAUGCUACUUUGAUUGUAAUUUUAGACCCACUUCUACCUGUCACAUAGGCUGUGAAUAAAGAGUAUCGAACAUAGAUACUGUCUGAGUUCGUCUUUGGUUGGAAAUAUCAUACAUUUAGAAGUUUGAUUGCUUCGUUAAACUCUCCAUAGAGCCAUUUCCCAAUCAAAGGUUGGUGGUUUGAUCCCCAGCUUCUGCAGUUUAAAAGUCCAGGUAUCAAUAAGCUGAACACUGAACCUCAAGCUGCUGCUGCUGCCUUGUUGAAACAUCUUAUUUUCAUGCUAUAAUGCUAGCAUGCUAAAAUUCCACUUGGUAGCAUCUGAUAGUGCUUUGAGUUGUAAAUUGUGUAAUCUGCACAGUCCAUUUCUCAUGCAGUAGGAAUUUUUGGACAUGAAGAGGUUCAUUAACUAACAAACAUGUCAGAGGUGAUUAACAGUGACUGGCUCGUCGUCGAUGUGUUGCUUCAUGUCUGACUCAUAGAAGCUGUUAAGAGGACUCCUCUGUGUUUAUUUAUUAUUUUUGUUCGGCUGGAUUCUUCUUAUAAAAUAUACUUAGUCUUUGUAAAUAAAAAGUCACUUUAAUGAGGGAGUUUUUGACGAGGUCCUAAAAAUGUAUCAUGGAUGGCCUGAAGGGUUGGAGCUUCAAUCCAAUGAGGUCAUUUUAGCGUCGACCUGAGUAGUCACAGACGUGUUUGCGCUCAUAAAUGACAUCAUUCAUUUCUCUCUCAGCUUGAUGUGUUUACAUAAAGUUAAUGAUUAUUAAUAAUUACACCUGUGUUUACAAGCUUGUCCACAUUUGUGCAAAAAGUAACAGAAGUAACAUCCCUGUUCUUUUUCUACUGUUAUUUUGAGAAAAACAGCCAUUACGAGUUACUAGAAAUAGCUAAAGCACUACAUGUAUGUACAGUUUUUUGAGUUUUCUUCCUGGGGAGAGAAACUCUCCAGAGGCAGUCUGACUUAUUGUUGGCAAAUACACACACACACACUUCUAUUAUUUCACCACCCAGCCCUCCUCGCCUUCCUCGCCUUCCUUGUCUUCCUCUAAGGUCAGCAUGAAGUUUCAUAAUCUCAACCCACACAUGCUUACUCACCUCCUCCUCCCCACACACACACACAUGCUCAUACACAGACAAACACACACACCUCUUACCCUGUUACCCAACUCUUCUUGUGAUAACAAAUGUUUCAUUUUUCACCUUUUGCUGCUCGUAUUUUGCAAUCCUUCCAGUUCAGGAGUAUCUGAUAAACUUCAGCUUUAGUUUUUUUUUUUUUUUUUCCUGGCAUUACUGCGUUUAUGGAGCAGUGUUACUCUGAGUUAAUGAAGGACGUUUUUCAAUCUAAUGAGAACAUUUCUCAGCAGGAAAUAAGCAGUUUAGACAGCGACUCCAGUGUGAGCUGACACUCAACACGGCUGGACAGUAUUGUAUUUUCUUUUUGUACUCAUCUCCAAAGAAACCGAGUAACUGCAUGACAAGAAGUUUUGUUAAACCUAGAAAACCACAGAUGAAACUGGUCACACAAGAAACUCUCAGUCAUUUAACCCCCAAAUGAGUGUCUUUUUGGACAUAGAUGACGAGUUACAGGAAUUUCUGAGGAAAACAACCUUUGUCUGGCAAACUUUAAUCAUCUGGAUGCAUUAGCCAUCUGUUUAAGGAUACAGGUGUAGACUAAUGUGUUGACCUUAAGCCAAGAUUCUUCAAUGCAUUGUCUUUGUUUCCAGUCCGAACCCUUUCGCUCUUGGUACAAAAUGUUUCACACUGGUAGACUAAACCCUCCGAUCAUAAACAGAAAUCACAGAAAAACUUACACUAAAUUAGGGCUGGGCGAUAUGGCCUCAAAUCAAUAUCACGAUAUAUUAAGCAGUUCAUAGACGAUAACUACUCUACCAGCUGCUCACCCCCUCCCACUUUAACUUCGUCUACUUCAGCCGCCACUCCAGCCACUACAACUGAACCGUCUUCCAUCUCCUCACCUGUCUUUCCCUCUUUGUUAUGGACUGGAUGGGGUGGAGUCACGUCUCUGAUGUCUUAAAGGGACAUGAGACCAUAGCCUACCUACACACAUCCAAAACCAACUUUAAUUUAUUGACUUUUUGUCACCAAAUAUACAGAUAUGGGCGAAAUAACGUCGGUUAUUGUUGUGAAUUUCGGUAUCGGUAAAUUUUCGGUUUAUCGCCCAGCCCUGCACUAAACAGAAACUUACACUAUUAUGCAAAGAACUUGGAAAAUAAGCACCAUCAGGACAAUAAUGAGUCUGGUUUUAGUUAAUAUGUUUUUUACUUUUACUACCAGAGAAACAAAAAUUAUUUAUUUGAUUUUCAUUCAAGCUUUGAGUCGCUCAUAUAUCUGCUCUUAUCUGUGUAGGAAGUGUCUUCUGGAAAAUAAAUCUCAUCUUGCCGUGUUUUAAGAGUUCAAUUUAUAAUUCACUGCAGAUCGUUUCCGUGCAAGAUUUGAAAAUAAGCUGCGUCUUCAAGGCUCCCAUCCUCAGGCAUUAUAAUUACUAGAAAGAAGUGGUUGAUCUGUUGCCGCUUGUAGCUUAUAAAAAGCCAUCAAUGAUCAUUUCAGUCUCCUUACAGGGAUUUUAAUUCUAUUCAAUGUUUUCUGUCCUAACACGUGAUUGUUUUCCUCUUUCUUUUUUAUGUAUUAUGAUUUUCUCUCUUCCCAUUUUCACCAUCUUCCCUUUUCUUUCUUCCUUUUCCUUGUUAUCCAUCUUUUUAUUGCUGUCAGACAGUCGAGGUUUUUAUCUCUGGGUGGUCUUUUCUCCAAACAGACGUCUUGUGGUCGAGUUGAGCAGUAACUGUGUAUCCUGUCGCUGUCUCAUCUGUCCGUGUUGUUCUUACUUAACCACUCUUUGUGAUGUCAGUCAUCCACAUUGGUUCACAUCGAGCCGCUCUCUUGUCUUUGUGCGGUCCGGAAAAUUUAGUCUGCAGGUUUCACUUCCCUGCUUGUAAAGACAAUAGAGUCACCUCCCCUCUCUCUUCCAAAGAAAAACCAACCAUUUUUAAAUACAGUACUGUAACGGUGUAUGAGGUAAUCUUACAAUUAUAAUGGAAGUUGCAGCCAGGGCUAGUCGGAUAGAAGUCACUGAGGUGGCUGGAGAUAUCUGCUCUGUAUUGACGUCUAUUAACAUGGGAUUCGCUGUUUAUGAAUCCUGUUGUGUGCAUGUUUCUGUCCAUUAGCGGGGGUCAAAUGUUAAAGAGGAAAAGGUGUGAGCAUUUCCACUUGUUCAGCACAUUAAUGUUCUCCAAUAUGUGCAUGUGUGUGUGUACCCAUUAGUGCAGGAAUGCUGGGAGGAAAGGUGUGUCCGAUCUCCACUUCCCCCCACGGACUCAACAGGAAGUAGCAAAGAGAGGGAGGGUGGGGGGUGGAGGAGGGUUGACACGUGGAUACAGUAGAUAUUUGCUUAGAGGGGGAAAAAAGAAAAGCUGAUUCAAUAUGGAUAAAAAAAAGAGAUGAGUAAAUGUAUGAGUCCACGCCUUUGUCUUGAAGAUCUAUUGGUAGACAAAGUGAGGACUUGUUUCUUCUUUUUUGUUGCAUUUUGAGCUAAUCAUUCAGAAGUGUACUGUUGGAUGAAAAGAAGUAAGUAGUGGCUAACAGAGUGGCUAACGGGAGCCAGCGUUGCAGCCCUUUAAGGCCAUGAUUUUGCAUUGAAAGAAAUUGUAGGUCAAGACAAAUGGUACAGCAGUACAUAGAGAAUAAGUAUAAAAGUGGGGUAAAUAACAUAGAGUAUAUUAUUUAGUAAGAAAUUACCAUGGAAAAGACGCCUCACUUUAAAAUAAGUGGGUGCCUGGAGUCUGAGCAAAUUAAUCUGGGGGGAACUAUUCACAUCUCACAACUGCUAAUGCCACCUCUACAGAGCUAAACUACCAGACUAUUAUUUACUAGAAUGGCAAAAAAACAGAUCGUACAGGAGCUACACAGCUACAUACAAUCUGCACAUUGCUGACUUCACUGAUUAUUAGAUUGCUGACUUUCUUGGGAAAGCCCUAAAAACUAACUUAUUGACUAGUAUGACUUAAAUUCCAGACUGUAUGGGAUUCACAAUAUGGGAAAACCUGAAUAUAUUAAUGCAAAAGAAAGUUUGUUCACUUGCUAUUAUAAAGGUUGACAUAUUAGUAAAAAUACAUUUUCCCUGUAUGGAAUGAUUCGUUUACCCCUAACGUGCAGAUACUCUUAAGUAUCUCCUGUUAAUUUCAACCAAAAUAAUAGAGUUAUAAUCCAUUAAAUGACAAAUAUUCAAUGAUUACUUAUUUAAAUAUGAAUGUGAAUGUAUAUGUUUCAAUGUUGUCUCUUAUUGUCCAUUCGUGGAGAACAGUGGUUGUAUUACUUGAUAACAAAAGUGACAUCAGAUGGACAAAAUAAGUGUCUUAAUGUUUUAUUUGACCUUAAUUUUAGUCUCGUCGAACACAUAGCUCAGAGGAAGAUUUUCACGUGAGGAAGUAAACACAAAACAAGACAUAAGAUCUCUUUCUUCUCUUGUAAUGUAGGUUAGAUAAAGUUAGCACAGUCACAUCGCUGUGUUUAGUCUGCCUGUAGCUCCCACAGCACACAAAACACACAGGCCAGUGCUUUAAGGCCUGUUUAGCCAAGCUAAGCAUGUUUUGUCUGCAUACACACACACACACACACACACACACACACACACACACACACACACACACACACACACACACACACACACACACACACACACACACACCACAAACACACAUUGAAGCACAAUCACAUGAGGUGAUGUCAUGUAUUUACAGAUGGUGGAUGCAGAUGAGCAAGGUAAUGCUAAACAAAGGCAGGAAUGCUGCAGGUGUGUGUGAUAAAGGCUGAAAAAAAAAAGAAGACAUUUCUGUUCCUCUCUCACACAGACUAAACUUUAGCUAUCAGGGUUAUUUCUAUUGUCAUUUGGAGCAUGGAGACUCUGACAUACAGAUAACGUCUCUGUGUUUUCUUGCAUCUUCUCUUCUUUUUCAGUCUCACACUUUUUAGUUUUUCUCUUCUGCUUUUGGAGAAAUGUUUCCUAGAAGCCCUGAAAGAAGAGUCUGUUCUGCUUUUUAAUGCUCUUACAAGUGUUUUAUUAAGACACUUGAGAUUAAGAUGAAGUAUUCUUAAUGCUUACUUACAUAUUUUGUACCGGAAGAGUAUUUUAUGCUUCUGAUGAGGCCAUGAAAAGAUUAAAUGAGGACGUACAACUUCUUAAAAGCAGAUAUAAAUGAAUAGUUUGCUGGUUUAAUGUCACUCGGCAUCCAUGGUGCCAAACUUACCCUCUGAAACUAUCUCAUGCAACAUAAAGCCCAAGUUUCAACACUCAUAUUUCUACACUCAUGUGCAGUAAGAGAUAUGUAAAAGAAAACACAAAAGUAUUAUCGCUUAAAAAAAGUUUGUGUGUGAAUUAAGACAGAAAAAUCUGGGGAUAUGUCAAAGGCAUUAUGAUUUGAGGGAUUAAUAUGUAGAGUCCCAUGUUCAUUUGGUGAGAUAGUGCCAAAAAAUAUAAGAUUUUGUUAUUCCUACAUUUAGACUUGAUGUUUCCAAUAGUUCUGCGCUGAUUUUUCCUUAUUCUGAAACAAAUCUAGCUUGCUGUGAUUCGGCUAUAUGCAGAUGAUUUUGUGCUCUAUUACUGACAAACAUUUUGAGGGCUUUUGAUUAUAUGCAGACUAUUUUGAUCUCUGUUUGUGAAAUAAGCUUCAUUUGACUAAACAAUAUGCACACAAUGUAGCUUUUUGAUUAUGGAAAAAAAAACAUAAUAUGCUGUGAUUCCACUGUAUGCAAACGAUGCUUGGCUAUAUUUCUGAUAUUGAGCUAGUGUGGUUUGAAUCGACUCUAUGCAGAUGAUGUUGUUUACUGACUGUAAUAAAUCUCAGCUUUAACGCUUGUGUAAUCUGUAACAUAUGUUUUUGGUAAUUAGGCUAUGACUGUAUGCAGAUGAUACCCCUCUAUGACUACCACAAACUUACAUCACUCAAAACUGCCUCAAAGAAAGCUGCACUGAUGUGAUAAUUUCACAGACACCAAUUUGACCCUUUUGCCGAGUUAAACUGUUAAUAUUUGACAGAUGGACAGGGAUAUUGGAUACAGGCCUGAGUAUCAACUUUACUCAUCUGGCCUCACUCUAAAUAAUUCUCCGUCUCUAGUUGAAAUAAACGUCUCAUUCUGCAGGUUUAUUUGAGUUGUCUGUCAUGUGUCGGCAGACUUUUUGAAAUCCAGCUUCUGUCUUUUCCUUUCUCUGUUCAGUGUUGAUCUUCCAGCUUCAGAGGGAGGAUCCUCUGCGCUCUUAAAUGGGACCAUGACCUCAUUGUUGUAGCUCCGCUGUGCUCUGCUUCUCUUGUUUGUUUGGAUUUGGUCGCGCUCACCCUCCCAGUUCCUCUUAACCCUCUCCAUCCUGGACAUUACAUUAGGCCUGGACUGGACUCGGUCUCCCGCUGAGGCUAAUAUAACAUUAUUAGGGCCAUAAAUAUCAUUGUUUAUCAGAAUAAUCCAGCUAUGAUAUGAUCUAGUGAGGGAAAUAAAGCUUAGUGGGGGAUUUCUGCAGUCUCAAGUGGGAGUAUCGCUGUGUGUAAAACUCGCUGUGAUUCCUGUCAGAAAGACUUUGAGUUUGUGUCACAUGAAGGUUUAGAAAUCAUUCCUAAAAACACACAAGACAAACGAAACCUUUGUGCUCUUUUAGGCAAAAAAAAACCCUUUUAAAAAAGCUUUUCGCUUUUCUUAUUACUAUUGGGCGUAUCAUCAACUGAGCUAGUUCAGUAUGACCAAUGCUUUUAUGUUUCCACAGUGAAGUUUAUUGUAAAAUUCACUCUGGUGUCUCGUAUGUUAAAUAUGAUGUAUUCAGAUUUAUACUUUGAAAGUUUCCUCCAGAGAGAGGGUUACAUAAACAGACAGAUGAAUAAGACGAGUGCAGGUUUUACUAGUCAGUGAGUGAUGUAAGGAGAGCUUAUGUCGCUUGAGAGUCACUUAGUCUACUAGGUCACAGGGUUUAGUUUUGUAUAAGUAUAAAUACACAUAAACAUACAUUACGGUCAUGCGAGGAGGGAUUCCCCUGAGGCUGGAUCAUCGAUCAUGUUUCUGUUCUCUUUCUCUUUCACUUAUCAGCUUUCUUUCCCUGCCUCUGAAUAUCCUUCUUUCCCUGAAAGGUAAGGUAACAGAUAAUCUCUUAACCUGUCACAGUCCUGCUAAUAGGCUUUGACUCCUCUGACUGGAAGGUGCUUAAAUGAAAGCUAAAUGUCAAAAAAAAAAAAAGAAAAGAAAACCCUCAGGUCAAAGUUGAAAAGAAAGCGAGACAGAAAUUUAAGAUCUGAACUAAAGAAUCUGUUAUCUUCAGAUUAAAGGUAUCGAUAGUGGAAAUAGAAAUAACAUUUCUGCUUGCAUUUAGAGGCAUUGCACUUAUUAGUUUUAUGUAACUCUGUAUUUAUACUCCACUCCCAUUCAGUUGAAAGUAAAUACUGCAGUUUUUUUAAGGUGGUGGUUGAUGAAAGUGACUUUUCCAAUUCAGGCAUAAAAACCGGAAUAUGUUAAGUUUUUAAAAUACGUCAAAUUUAAAGUUUAAGUGGAGGUGAACCUUUUUUGUCUACAUUAUCAUGUCUUUACCCUUUUAGACAUUUCAGGUCCUUCUAGUUCAAAGCUCCUGUAAAGAGUUUAAAAGGCAGAUUAGUUUGGUUUGAAAAUUAUAGAUUUUUGAGGGUUGGACUGAUGUCUUUAAGGUAGUUUGUAGGACCUAAGAAUACUUAAAGCUCUAAUUAGGUACUUUUCGUUUGUGUCAAUUUUUUUUUCUAUCACUCAUUGAGAAAAGUUGUUCUUGAAAAUGUGAAGAAGGGGAUAAGCAUGAAGUAGAUCUGACACCUACCUCCCUGCGUGAGGUUUUAGGCAUUUGAAAAACUGUAUAGAAAUAAUCUUGCUUCUUGUUAAUGGUCUGGUUAUUUUUGGGGGGUCAUAAAGGGACGUCUAUUUUGAUUUCAGUGUCUUUUACAACCAGCUCAAAACUCCUCAAAGGGGCUUUAAAAUAAUUUUCAACAACUGUUCAAUACCACGAAAUAUACAGAAGUUAAAAAAAAGAGUUUUUCAUUUUUUCCUCCCUAAAAGCUUAUUGUCAUUUGCUUGUUUUGAAUCAUACCACUGAAACGUACAAAAAUAUAUAUUUUUACAAUUUCAUACAAAUUCUACUUCUAAGCUGUUUGUGCGUAGCUCCCAGAGCUUAACAAAGACUUAACACUCACUUGGUUUUCCCAUCUUUUAUCCUGGGACCCUUUUGUGGGGCUAACUCCAAGUCUGAGCUGACUGUAUAAAGUAGUUAAAACUACCUUAAUACACACUGAUUUAUCAUUAUUAAAUGGUAUUGAAUAUGUGUGAUUUUUAACCUUUACAAGUGUGCCUGUACAUUCUGGUGUUAGUCCUUGAGGGAAAAAGUCGUAGCUCUUUGGGAAUUUUCCAGUUUGGGAUCAAUGAAGUAUAUCUAUCUAUCUAGCUAUCUAUCUGUUUAUUUUCUCCCACUUCUCUUUGUGCGUGUGUUUGAGCAGAUUGUCGAGCUCCACUGUCCCUGUGUGUCCUCGUCUUUAAUCCUGGUGAUUCAGUGUUUACAUCUGUCAGGUAAAGGGAGAGGUCAGCAGCACUGAGGUGUCAGCUGUCAUGACAUGUUGCCAAAUGUACGUGUUUCAGUAAGCCCUGAUGUCAUGUACAGAUGAGUAAUCCAAGCCCUUUAAUUAACAACCUUAUCCGAGGCUUUUUGAAACUCUGAUUGAUGGUUUUUCUGUCAUUUUGAAGACAUAUGACCUAAAGAAAUCUUGAAAAAAUCACUAAAAUCAAUAAUCAGCAUUCAAAGUCAUCUUUUCUCUCUAACAGCCAAAAGUCGGGGGUUUCAGUAUGUGUUUGCAGAGCUUACAAAUGCUGUAUUGGCACCUUGUCUUUCCCUUGAGCGUUGUGGGUUCUCCAUAUAAGGGUGUGUGUGCCUUCAAAGCCUCCCUGGAUUCUGCACUAUGUGUGUGUGUGUUUGUGUGUCUGUGUGUGGUUUUUAAUAGAUGUAGAGGAGAGCUGCACUAUGCCCAUGUAAGCACAGACUACAGUGGAGAAUCAAAGUCUGAGGACUGUGCAUUGGCACUCACAGACUGUAAACAUACAGAUGAGAGGUAUAGGGCAGCUGGAGACUUGAACUUUAACGAACUACGCCCAAAACGAUCAAAGAUUAACUUCAGUUUACAACGAGAUUUUAAACUUUGAUUCAUGAAAUGACAACAGAUGAAAUUCAGGUGACACGUUAGAUUGAGGAUCACAUAUAGGCAAUCAAUCAGUGUCUUAUUAGCAGGUAUAUAAGCAGCAUAGUAACCUUAAUUUACUCAUUAUAAAGCACCUAUUAACACCUCCUUCUGCACACCAUGUUCUCCCUUAAUGAAUAACCACUGCUUAUACAAUGCAACGAAGGAGUUCUCGCACAUUUGUUACCAUCUUAAUAUUCUUUGGUGGCGGCAAUAAAGAGACUUACAUUUGUCCAAAACUCAGCCGCUGGACUUCUGACAGACACGCCCAAAUCUGCUCACAUUCACCCGUCUUACCGCAUCUUCAUUGGCUACGGGUCAAUUUUCAUGGUCAGGCGCUGCAUGGUCAGGCCCCCCAGUACAUCACUGAUUUGUUGUGUCCCUACUCCCCAGGCUGCACCUUUCGGUCGUCAGACCAGAACCUCCUAAUAGUGCCGAAGACUUGUUUUAAAACUUGGGGAGACUGGGCUUUUAAGACUGUAGCCCCCAGACUCUGGAACGAUCUGCCCCUCUCCCUUCAUUUGAUCGACUAAGUUGAUGCAUUAAAAAAGCAGUUGAAGACUCUUUUAUUUAGACAAGCUUUUAAUAAACAGGGUUUUGUUUGUCUCUUUUACUUAUCUUUUAUAUCUGCACUUAUUUCCAUACCUACCUGCACUGUAUUCGUAUUUGUGUAUAUGUACUUAUCUUUUGUACCGUUUAUGUUUAUCUAAUUGCACUUUUUUAAUGUAAAGCACUUUGUCAUUUGUAUCUGUGAAAAGUGCUCUAUAAAUAAACUUUACUUACAUACCUACUUACUUACUUUGCUCAGUAAAGGCUAAUAAGAGAUUAUACCACCCUUACCAAGCAUAAGGUAGUUAAUAAUCUAAAAUACCAAACUUACUGUUGUAAAUCACAAGUGUAGUGUAAGCACAGACCAUGCCAAAAAACAAAUAUAAUGGACUGGAGAUUAUUUCAUUGUUUUUUUUCAAGGCAUGCUUGAACCAUGAAACCCUCGCCCUCAUGGUCACAAUUAUAAGUUCUCCAUCCCAGAUAUUUUUUCUCAUUACAUUGGCAGUGAAUUUAAGGUCGUUCUGAGGUUUUAGGUGGUAUGCAUGUAUUUGAAUUUGAUUUUGAGCUGCUGCUGCGAUGGUGGACCGGUCUGAGCUCUCUGCGUUGGUUGUUUAUGUGCCUUUUUCCCUGAAAACCAAACAUCUGCACACAGCGACUGCUUGAACAUUUUAAUGGGUCUGAGGGCAGAGGAGAGGCCUUUUUACAACCAGUUAUGUAACAUAUUGCUGUUGGUCAUGUGACCUUAAUUAUACCUUUGUAUGCAGUUUUUACGCUGUUGUUAAAUGACUUUGGCAAGAUUAUUCAUCCAUGUGUUGUGAUUCAAUAACUCAUUCAUUGAAUUUUGUUGUGGUUGUCAGAGUUUAUAUGCUUCAGAUUAUUUAUGCGGUAUGCAUGUGUCAGUCUCUUGUCUUUAACUAGAACUUUCUCUAUCAGCUGACCUUCCUCUUGACCGUCCAUACCCUCCAGGCUUCUUUAUCUCUGAGGUUAUUUUUACAUGAACACUGCAUCAGCUGCCGACUGUGCGACAUAUACAGUAAAGCCUCCUUCAUACCGGGCGUACAUGCACAAAUGUUUAAUCUCAGGAUACCUGCGCACUCCUCCAGCUCUUUCCUGUCCAAACAGAGCCUGUAUUGUUUUAAUGAAGCUGACCUGACCUGUGAUUUCUCAUGUCGUGUUUCCUUUUUCGCCCUCUCUGUUUGCCAGGAUGUGGAGAAGGAGCGAGAGCUGCGGACCGAGUUCAGCAGAGAAGAGAUCAGGCAGAGGGUCGAGCUGUACAACUCGGUGACCAAAGACCACCUGAAAAUGACGCUUGUGAGUGGACCACACACACCGAACUGUUUCCCGUCUUUGAGAACAUUAAUGCAGCCAAGUCUGAGCCAAACACAUGCGCACACACUGCCUUAGUUGGUCAAUUGCAUCUACUUUGAAGAUUUGUACCUUUAUUGAGAGGAUAGGAUAGAAAAUAGAGCAGGAAACUGGCUGAGAGAGUGGGGAAUGGAGGGCUGUAGCUUUGAAUGUUGGGUGUUUGAUGUGAUAAUAACUUGGCCGAACCAGCUCUCCUUAAUCAAUCACUCAGCCAUUCCUUAUUGAUAUAGAAUCCAAUCACAACAAAUGCUAUCUCAAGAUGCUUCACAAUAAGGGCAGGUCUAGACCACAUUCUUUAUUAUAUUCACAGGAAGACCAAAGAUGGGUUAGGAUUGAGUCCCAACCAUAGACUGUAUAUAGAAUGGACGCCGUCUGCCUCCUCGCUGGGUGACGCCACCGCGAGAACAGCACCCUCUGGUGACGGGCUGCAGUAUAGGUCAUAAAUCCCGCCUCCUCCAGCAAUCCCUAUGGAUUUGUGGACAAACUUGAUAAAUGUAUUACACAGAAUAUACAUUUUUCUCCCCCCUGCUUGUGAUGUUGACAUGUAGUCACAGUCUGACUGGUUUGUGCUCAAGUCCUCUUUUUUCUGUACAGCUUCAUUUUUAAAAGUUAUUAGGAGGUUCAUGUUUUCUUUGAUUGACACGUGAUACAGCCUAUGGGCAUACGAAGAUUGCGUAGCUCACCCGGGGGAUAUGCUGUUUGAGCCGAGCGUCAUCACAGCGACUCUCGACGACUCUCCCGCCAAAUGCGUACAAUGCUACUGCGCAAUGUUGGUUUCAGGAAAUGAAGAACAAUCACAGAAAUACAGAGAGCUUUUCGGCUACAAAUCCAUAUACUGGCGGAAGGCGGAACCAAGUUGUCCAUAGUAUAUACAGUCUAUGGUCCCAAUCGUAAGAUCAGACCCACUCCCAUCCUCAUCCACAUGAGUUAGCAAGUUACAAUGGAGAGGAAAGACUUCCUUUUAACAGGCAGAAACCCUGAGCAGAACCAGACUUGUGUUGAGACUGUGUUGGGUUUAAAGACAUAAAUGUGGGAUCACAGAGUCUUUGGUCGGUGAUUUUUAAGUGUGGCUACAGCCAGCAGAGCUAGCACCACCAGCCUUUGGUCCUCCUUAAAAGUUAACCUUUAUAUGUUUGUGCUUACAUCUGUGUAUUUUUGCCACUUUAUCAACAGGCAGAUUUAAAAUGUGCUCAACUUGAAAUGACAUGUAUGAAAUGGUCACCUGUGGCGUUUUAUUUGUCGUAGAGAAUCGACCACUUUUGCUUUUCGGUUUCGACUUACCAGAAUAUUUAACACACCCUAGUAACAAGUGAGGAAGCAGGGUAGUAAUACAAACACACCACGUGUGAAGUCAAAACAUGCAUAAACCUUGACCUGUGAGGUCUGCUGGUGUUUGAAUAUCCUCGCCGCCUCUCUCAUCUCCGGCUCCCAGCAUUCCUCAGCAGUCAGAUCACAGUGAUGUGAUGUUAUUCCUGCUAUUGUUCUCCCCCACACUGUUUUCCUUGGCAGCCUGACACUUGUCUGAAAAUGUGUUCAACCCACGAGACUCAGUAAAAGUAUGUUAAAUCCAGUCAAAAUGAAACGCUUCAGGUAAAGCUGAAGCUCUGGUUUGUCAUCCCCAGGAAAGCAGAUCUUGUAAAACUGAGAGGAAUCAUUUGAAAAAGGGUUUUGUUUUUAGCAAAGAAACAGUCCAGUUAUAAUUGUGAAACCUGCUUUGCUGAAUGUUUAUCAUGAGAAAUGACUCUAAUGGUAUGUAAAGUUUGCAGACUUGUUCCUUUUAUCCUUUCUUAUCUUUCGCUCCGUCGUUCUGAUCAUCUUAUCUCUCCAUCUGUGACGGCACAGGUUUCUCUUUGUCCCUUUAUGCCGAUCUCGUUUGACCACUUAAACACCUUCCCACACAUCCGCCCACACGCACACACUCGCACGGAGCAAUGAGAUUAAGAUGCUCUCCCUCUGUCUGGGGCCAUCUGUCCACACUGGGACACACUGGGCUUACUGGUUGAGCUGGUGUCUUCUGGAGAGAUCAUAUAGCACUCCCUGCAUAUGAAACUUUAGGAAACCUGAGUAAAACCUUCAGUGGCGAACCCCACAUAACUACUCUUUCUUUCCUUUUCUUUUUUCCCAGAAUCCCACUGGUGUAUACACUGGUUUCAUCAAGGUACAGAUGGAUUUAAGGAGACCUGUGACGGUGCGUGGGGGUCAGAGAGGAGAGGAGGCCUUCUAUCUGCCCAGAGGAGUCAUCAACACCCUCCAUAUCAGCUCCAGUAACACAGUUAGACAGGUGGCUAACACACACACACACACACACACACGGGUCAACACAACUUAAUUAGGAUCUGAUGACAUAUAGGUUGAAGUCAUGGAUCAACAAGUGUGGACAGAUGUUGGGGUUACUUUAGAAAGUGGAUCAGUUUCAGUGAGUUUUUUGUGUGUUUUCUGACAUUAUUUUUUAAUUAAGCUGAAGUAGGGCUGGGCGAUACGGGAAAAGUUAAUCACGAUAUAUUUUUUCAUAUCAGUCAAUAUCGAUAUAUAUCAUGAUAAAAAAAAGAAAUGUAACAGUGCUUAUUGGUAGCAUGUCUUUUUCAAUACUGUUUUGUCGUAAGGUGUUGUACUAUAGAAAGCGGACUGAAUGGUCGGCUGCACAGGCGUCAUAGGCUCCUUGCUUUUGCAUUGUGCGUGCUCUGCCACGUGGCACUGCUUCAGGUGGUGAAAAAGAUUUGAGGUAUUCUCCGACUUUGCGAGAACAUGUACCCGACAUAACUUGCAGUGCACAUUACUCUGCUCCAUCGACAUUUUCAUGUCAGUGUUUUCGAGGAUAUCAUCAUCUGUUGAGGGUUCAUCUGCAUUUCUGCCGGGGGGUAGCACUCAUUUUCUUUUUUUCUCACUGACAGUGCUGUUGGCUUCACCUGUUAAAGUGCUAUGGUUGCGUGUAGCUGCAGUCUGCUACUACACAGUUGUUUGCUACUUGGUUCUAAUUCCGCACGAUUGGUUCAGUGCGAAGUGGACUCGGAGCAACUCCCCUUUCAUUGGCUAUUUGUGUUGUCUACCAAAACAUGGCAGAAUGCCGACUAAUGAAAAGCAUAUUGGCCUUGAUUUAUAUUGAUAUUGAAGGAAAUUAAUUUUCAAUAUCUACCUUUAUCUCUUUAUCACCCAGCCCUAAGAUGAAGUGAUUCUGGAUUUCAGAUGUCCUUUAUAAUCAUGAACCAGCUUUCAUUGUUCAAGUAGUCGAGAAAAAAGGAGUUUUGUUUAUGUCAGAGAAAUAUCAUGAACAACGACGUCCAUAAAAACGGCAAAUGAAAGACCAUGAAGACACCGUUUGUGAGAAAUCAGACACUGUUAGAUAGUAAAAGAUUAGACUAUAUCUUUAUAUGAUAUAUUUGCCCUUACAUAAAUGCAUGAUGACGUUGUCUAUAAAGCACGGGCUGAGCACUGAAGUGGUCACCACAAGCUAAACUAACAGUGAGUGAUCCCAAUAAGCUGUGCAGACUGAGUAUAAGAAUAAUUCAUCUAUAAUGUAAUGGAAUAUUGUGCAGUAAUGAGGAGGUCAUUACUGCUGUAAUAAACAACUAAAUGAAGCUCAUAAUGAAACAAAAACAUGACACCAAACUUUGGCUUCUGGUACAAGUCAUAGGACUUUUGAAUGUUGUCAAACUUCUUGAUUUUUAUCACUCAUUUAUAAAUAUUUGAAUGUUUUUUUUUCUUUUGUGUGUCUGUGCGUCAUCAGGUGAUCAUCGCUCUGCUGAACAAGUUCACAGUCGCAGAUAACCCGGCCAAAUAUGCUCUCUACAAACGCUACCGCAGGGAGGAGCAGGGUAAGACUGAGCCCAACGACUGUGUGUGUGUGUGUGUGUGUGUGUGUGUGUGUGUGUGUGUGAGUGAGUGUGAGUGAAAGAGAGAGUGUGAGUGAGACAGUAAAAGCGACAGUGCUGGAGUCUGUGUUUCAUGCCACUCAUGCCAAGCUCAGAGUCAGAUGCUUCAGCACUGACACAGUGGCGACUCGGGUGUGUAUUUGUGUGUGUGUGUGUGUGUGAAGGGCGUGUGUAUUUCUGAAUGCCUCGCCCUUGUUAGAUGCUGCAGGACUUGCCCCACUAUCAGCAGCUCCCCAGAAAUACACACACACACAAACACACACACAUACUAAGAAUCAACAGCUGCUGCAGGGUAGUACUAGUGGGGUAUCAAAUAUUAUCUUUCAGCUCUCUUAGCACCUCCAAACAAGGAAAAAGAGCAACUUUACAAGCUUUGAACUGUAAAAAAAACAUGCCUUGAAGUCACUCGUGAAUUUAUUGAAUUUGUGUGACUUGUUUUUAUAAGUCUGUGAAACAUUUUGCAACAAAACUUUUACAGAGUUUUUGGUUGUUUUCCCCCCUCGGAGGCAGAGAGCGUGCUACUGCUGUCAUCUAAGCUUGUAUCCUGGUUUCACCUCUUUAAUAGAGAGAUACAGAGAGACUGUCUGCUAAUAAAAGACAGUCUAGACACAAGAAGUCAGUAAUAGACUCAAUUGUACAUGAGCUCAAACAUGUAUAUAUAUUAAAACUUCAGUUGUUUUUGAAGUUUUUAUUCAAGCCACUAAAAGACGUCAUUGCGUUCUGGUGCUGCUCUUUAAUCUUGAAUGAAACUGGCGUAAAAAUGCAGACGAGUGACCUUCGCUUUCAGGAACAGACUUAGUGACUCCUGUUGAAGUCUGUCUGCCCGAGAGAGAGAGAGAGAAGAAAAGAAGCACUAAAAAUAAUCUGUUUGCUCUAAAACCUGUUUGAGUUCAGUGUAGUGUCUCAGGUCUCUAAAACGGGCGGUUCAACAUUGUGUUUAUUAGUUUGUUUGUUUUUUGUUGCUCUAAUGUAAAUAAGUUGAGUUAAAGUACAACAAAGUACAAAAAAGUUUGAACACAGCCUAAAAUAUUGUAAAAAAUAUAUAUUUUGAUGGGUUGCAAAAAAUUUUAACCCCAAAGUUAACUAAAAAUGAUGCAAUAAUUACAUGUCAUAUCAUGAAACAGAAAUAUUGGAUUGAUUUGGGGAAAAUUAGCUCAUUUUAAAUUUGAAGAAAGUGUAGAAAAAGACAACAAAACUCUUAAAAAGUUGUGUAAACAUCUGGUGAAAGAUCAGGAUUAGCAUCCCAGAGAGGCUGGUUCUCUCAGAGGUAAAGAUAGGAAGAGGUUCACCACUCUGUGAGAGACAGCGUGAGCAAGCAUCCAACAUUCAGCAAAUAAUUUGGGGACUUCAUCAUCUCCAGUAUCAAAAAUCAUUUGAAAAUUCUGUACAAAAGGGACAGAGCAGAACUAAAACUCAAAACAGACAUGACUCUGUAGUGGAGGUCACUGCAUGAGCUUCAAAAUCACUUCUAAAAAACCAACUGUCUGUGACGCUGUGCCCUAGAUGCUUUUGAAAGUUAAGAAGAGGCAUCUCAAGUCUACCAGAAUCAAUCAAGAUCAGCACAUUUCAUAGAGAAACAAGGGAUUCUGAAGAGUAACUUCGGCUGUCACAAGAAGGUUUUAGCAUCAGAAAUGUUCUGGAGUUACUAAAAUUGAAGUCCGAACACAGUAAAAGUGCAGGUCACUGUAAGUUCAGUCUAACAAUAAGGAUCUCUAUCUUUAACUCUGUUUUUGUAAAUUACUGUGGUCCUUAAUGUGCCGCACCCAUCCUUUUAUCCUCAGCCAUCCCUGUUUAUAUGUACACACACACACAUGCACGCACACAUGGUACAAAGCUUUACUGCUCCAACCACAGUCAUGCCCGCACGCGGCUUGAAGUAACACACAGACUGUGACACAUAAAUUAAUGCGUCUGUUUUUUUGUGUGUGUGCGUGCUCCCUGCAGUGUAUGUGUGCAAGCUGGCGGAUGGCGAGCAGCCGUUGUUCCUUCGCCUGGUAGCGGGACCUGACACGGACACGCUCAGCUUUGUACUGAGAGAACAACAGACUGGAGAAGUCAUGGUAACUUCACAUCCUCCUCCUCUAACUGUGUCUUUAAAUGUUUAAUUUAAAUGUUUAUCUCUAAUCCUCCUGAUCCUGGUCCUCUUAAUUUUCUUCAUCCCUCUGUACUCUUGGACUUUAUUUCCCUCUAAAUUGAUCUCAACCUUGAUUUUCUUUUCUCAAAAUCCCCUAAAUGCUUAAAAAACCCGUUAAUAUUCUGUGAAAUAAUACACACGGAUCCCAAAAUACAAGAAAAAAUCGAUAAAAUGCUAAAUUAAAUCAUAAAGUAGAAUUAAUAAAAUCACAAAACACAAAAAAAUCCAAAAAUGGUGCAGUGAUUUUUUUGUUUUUUGAAGUUGGAUUUUGAGAAAUGUUUUUGCGUUUUAUGAGAUUUUUUUUUUUUGCAUUCAGUGACACAUUUUAGGUCGUCGAUUUCGAGGCUUGCUCGUCUUUCCUCCUGACCUACUUUCACUUUCCUUCUCCCCUCGACUAUUUCUGUUUUGUCUUGGAAAAACCGCAACGACAGCGGCAUAAACAUGAUACAAAAAAACAAUAGCAACCGCUUUUAUUUUUAUCAAGGUUUUGAUUAGGGGGGAAAAGAGGAAGUACCGCUCUUCCUGAGCAAUCAAGAGAAAAAGAGUUAUAACAACUAUCAUAAAUAAACAAAUACUUGAUUUUAUUUAAAAAGAAAAAGAAAACAGGUGAAUAAAGAGUUAAGGAUUGUUUCUUGUUCUCUUUUUCAGUGGGACGCCUUCUCCAUCCCCGAACUGCGUAAUUUCCUGAGGAUCCUCGACAAAGAGGAAGAGGAGCAGAGGGACGCAGUGACCCGCCGCUACGAGGCUUACCGCCAGAGACUGCAGGACGCACUGAGAGAGGUCAGAGGGCCUUCUUAG